AUGACGCUGCUGGUGCGCUUCAGCGUCUCUCUGCUGCUCCUCUGUGCUCUCCUCAAGGUAAGAAGGCUUUCUUUCAUUUAUAUUUGGCUCUAAUCAAAGAGGCACUAUUGCUUCACUCAUGGGGAAAAAGACAAGAGGGCGCAUUGUUGAGAUGCUGAAGGUCAGUCCUUACCUCGCACACGGGUGUAACUGCACCUGUUGCGCAGGUGGUUGUUUUGGAGUGACUCGCUCCCCUCGGGUGCAGCUCAGCUGAUACAAAGAUACAAUUGUUAAGAAAAGGGGCCAAAAAUAGGGACAAGUUUUAUUCAGUUGUUUUGUGUUAGAUUACUGUGAAAUAAAUGGUUAACAUGUGAGAGUUUGAUCCUAGUUUUGAUUGUCUUAUUUGUGAGAGAUUCACUGGUAUUUUAUCGAUAGAUGUGAGAGUGCAUGAGGUCCAAGGAUGUCAAUUCCUAUGAAUCUUGUUGGAUGAAACAUUUCAGUAGGCUGCUUAAAUUGGUCGAUUGUUUGUCCAGGAUUGCACAGGUCAGAUUCCAGUGAGCUGACCAGUACUGUGAGAUGUGUUAAAAAUGCAUCACACCAACACUGAUUACAUAACACACGAUGUCCAGCAGCUACAGAUCCACCUGUCCUUGUCUCACUGGUCUUUCUGGAGAUAAAGAGAGAGGGUGAGAGAGGUUGAGAAUGGCAUGUGGGGAUGUGUGUGGCCAACACAAAGGGGUCAGGAAUGGAAUGAGGUGCAGCUCAGUGUCCCUGUCACUCCUGCAGAUCUCUACACUAAGGACUUACACUAAUAUACCACAUUAUUGAGGAAAAGCCAAAGGAGGGCAUGCCACCAGUCUCUGACUGAAGACUGUAUGAAGUGGAGAUGUUGCAUUAUUAAAUGCACACAUCAGUCUAACUCUAGAGGGUUCUCCAGACUUUAUGGACUGGGGUGGCCUGGUGAGGUCCCUUACUUAUGCAGAGGUGGCAUGACUUAAAUGUGAACGCACACAUACACAUAUACAGGUUAUCUUUUAAAAAAAACCUUUUCACUUUCACUAAUUUAACUAACUUUGGUUACUAAAACUGAACAGAUAAUAUGUAAAUCUUUGCCUAACUUUUCGACUUUAAAAAGUAUUCCGGUGACAAAAUAUUUGUGUAAUUCUGUGAGAAAAGAAAGAUGUUUCUCCAAAGUCAUAAUAUCAGAGCUUCUCAGAGGGACUUUGUUCUUGAUUUUGACGUCACCUGUGUAAGAGGAUAUACCUUAUAUUUCUUGAAGAAUCUUGUCCUGUAAUUGCACAAGUGUGAAUGUUUUCUGACGGGAAGUCUUUUCAUACUUUGUUGUGACAGUUAAGUAUAUCACUAACCGUACAUAUUUGAAAGAAAUCUAAAAGCUUUUCUUCAGCAUGCUGUCAAUUGUCUGGACGCCUCCAAACCUGUCUAUGGAGAGGGCGGCUAAUGCUAACCUCUUUGCUCAUAGGCUGCUGCGGAACUACCUGACUGCAAACCUCACUGUAUAACACAGUCCUGCGAUGUUGAACAGAGCUUAUGUCUUUCUCGAUGGUUCUUGAGCACUAACAGCUAAUUAAACUGUCUGCUAAUAAAGCUAACGGCUAACAGAGCUGACAAAGUCAGUAGAGUCUAUAGCUAAGACACGGUUUAUAGCACUUAGCAGAGGAAAACACAGCAAGAUUCAACAAUUCAUCUCUUAUGCUUGUAAACUUACUGUACCUUUCAUGUUUCUGCAAAGUAUAGCUAACAGUAACAGGCACAUUUACUAAAAGUAUUUGUUUUUUGUCAGACUCGUAUUUUUAACAACUCUGGCAUAUCAAUACAUGAAACAAUAUGUUUAAAAAACAUCUAGGAGAGACAUUUUUGUGAAUCAAAUGAUAGAAUUUCAGCCAGCUGUUAUAUAAAGAUACCAACUUAAUUUUCAGGGAUACUAUUCAUAAUUUUACAAACCAGGUGUCAGUAAAACUCCACAAAUAAAAAGGAGAAAUGAUUUAUCACGAUCCAGGGUAGACUUUUUACCUUUAAAGCAGUAACUUACUUUAAUUUGGUUGAUAUAGAAGAUUUGAAAAGGACUUCAUUUGCCUCAAACAUGGAAACAAUGUUUGAUCUAAGGAUGUUCACAGUCACUUCGACACAGUUUGAUUUGUCUUUAACAUAACAAAAAAGUUAGUCUGGAGCCCUGAAUGAAAACUUCUAAACGACCUUUUGCAAUAUAGACUUGUAUCUGUAUCGGUCACUAUGUAGAUAUCCCUUUUUACACCCCACCCCACCUCUCAGUAUUCACCCUUUUUUUUAACACUUAAAGUGAGAAGGCAGCUUAUGUGGACCUUUAUGCCUACAUUACGAAAAAUGUGUGACUUCGACAGAAAAAGCAACACUUCUUGUAAUUUCUGCCAAAGUUUCAGCAACGCCCGUAAUAACUUCCAUACUGCUUCAAACUAACCAGAAUUUAACCACAGAGUGCUGACAAAACUUGAGGUUUCAAGAAUUGAUAAUGAACAGAGGUAACUAAUUAUUUCUGCCCAUCAUGCAGAGAAGCUCUAAUUUUAUAAAAACACUCAGAGAAACUGGGGCGGCAGUAGCUCAGGAGGUAGAGUGGUCAUCCAAUAACUGGAAGGUUGGCGGUUCGAUUCCCCCCUAUCCCUAGUCUGUCUGUUGUGUCUUUGGGCAAGACACUUAACCCACCUUGCUCCCAGUGUGUGUCCUCCACUGGUGAAUGAAUGUGAGUGUUGUGUGGUAGUGGUCGUUGGCGCAAACUGGCAGCCAUGUUUCCGUCAGUCUGUCCCAGGGCAGCUGUGACUACUAAGAUAGUUUACCACCACGAGAAUGUGACUGUGUGAGCGCAUGAAUGAUGUAUCCAUUGUAAAGCGCUUUGAGGGUCUCCAGUAUAGCACUAUAAAAUCUGAUGCAUUAUUAUUACUAAACUUGAAACAGAAUUGAUCAAAUCAAAUACAUUAACCCAUAAAUGUAAAGUCCAAGCUGAUACUAAAAUAUCAGCUUGGACUUCUAUCCUAAUAGAUAAGAUAGAAAUAACUUUAUUUAUUAAAUUUCCCUUUGAGAAAAAUAAGGUUCUUCUUAUCUUAUCUUUUCUUAUCUUAGUUACACUAAAUAAGAAUUACAUUUAUAUUUUGAUCAUUUCUGUAAUGUGGCACUUAUAAUCAGUCAUCAAACAACAUAUUGCGGUUGGCAUAUUUGGGGCUUUAGAUUGAAUUAAGUUGAAUUGUAAAUGCUAAAACUGAUGAUGGAUGGAGUUUUCAAGAUUUUAUAAAUGACCACAAUGCUGUGCUUUGUUGCCUAAAGGGAUUUUCCAGUGUAAAUUUAAGUUAGGGUCAAGCACAUGAUAACACUGAGUUAGACACCCCCUUGAGAGACGAAUGUUGCCGACUGUUUGCUUCUCUAGUUAUACCAACUUUAGUAACGACCGCAGAUCGCAAUACAGCGAGCCGUGCACUUAACCAAAAAGCCACUCUAUAGCCACAAAUACUGCUCAGAACAGCAUCUAACUUCAUCAACAGUACAUAUAGGGUCCCAGCCACAGCAUUAGCCAUCAAACAUCUUUCUUGCAUUGCCUGAUUUCUUUAGCAACAAGAUACUAAACACAACUCACCCCACUCUCUUCCAGCAGCCGCUUGUUUGUACAGAGACCUCCGGGUAAGUCCAUCGACUGCAGCGGGGUAACGCAGCUCAAGGAAGAACAUUUAUGAUCAUUAAUUGACAAGGAGCUGUUGUGCUCUAAACUGCACGAAUCGGCAAAACAAACAAUCUGCAAACAUUACAACCCUGCUCCUGGUAUUAGAAACAUCUUAAACAACGUCACAACCUGGUAAAUUGAGUGAAAUUCACAUUUCAGCAAUUGUUUUUCUGAUUUUGAUGCAAUGAAAGACAAAGCGAUUUUUCAAUGAAAUGAAAUUUUAUUGCAAUUGUGUCAGGGAGAACUUGCAAACAAUCAUCUUCAUUGAUAUCAGUUCACUCCGAAGCAGGCUUUUGCCCCCUGGUUGCGCAUGCACCUAGUAUUGUUUGUACACUAUGGCUAUAGUGUGGCUUUUUGGUUGAGCGCGUGGCUCUCUGUAUUGCUAUCGGCGGUCGUUACUAAAGUUCGUAUUACAAGAGUAGGUAUGUUUGACCGUAACCUAAUUUUAUGCCAGAAUAACCCUUUAACUGCAUUUUCAAACUACCUGAUCUUUUUCUGUCAGUAUGGUUCAUUGUGUUCAUUAUACAGUGAAAUUCCUGGAAACUUUAGUCCUUAGUGAACAAUAUUUUGAUAAACCAAUCAUGAUGAAGCUUAAAAAAACCUCAGACAGCUGAUUAUGUGGUUAUUUAUUAAUUCAGAAACAGAUGUUUUGUCACCAAAGUGCGUGAAAGCUUCACUGAUUGAUAAGGAAGUGAAGGUACAGUGGCCCGUAAACUCAGUCAACUUCUAUGAAGAGUACACACGUUACACAGAAAUGAACACACGGUUCACAUGCAAAUGUCAACUUUCCCCCAACACUGCCGCUUCUGUAAUGCAAAGGUGGAUGUACAGACUCUGGGUGACUAUGGCAGAUAAACUAUGAAUAUUUGAAGCUAUAGGCAUGGUACUGUUAUAAUUGGAUUUAUUAAAGCAUAUUUUGAAAGACUGUAACUGAUAAAGCUGUCACAGCUCCUCUAAGGAACUUAAAAUUUGUGUUGAUUAUGGUCUCUCCUGUGGACUAAGCAGUGCCACUCUUUGCUUUUUUCUUUUCUGUACCUGUGCAUGUUUUGUUUUUCUAGCAAAAGUCUCAUCCUACUUUCUUUUGACAGUCAAAUACAUCACUCACUGCAAAUUUGUGAUGUGUAGAAUUGAUAUCGAGGCUGUCUCUGCAUUAUGCAGUUAAUAACUACUCUGCAACAGUGUUUGAGUCAUUAAAGUCAUCAACAGAAGUAUCAUCUUUUUUGUACUCUAUGCUGAUGGUUCUGUGUCUUUUGUAGGUGAUGAACAAGUGUUGCCAUACAUGUCAACCUGUUCAUCCUUGUCCAAACCACUCCCCCUUUACUGAAAGGAGGUGUUAUAGAGUGAAUCACAACUAAUGAUACUCAAGAAGCUUACGAGCAACAGCAAGUUUGAUCUUCAUUUGGCCCUCGGCAGCAAGUAAUGAGUUGGAUUGAGUUUCAUGGGGUCUGGUUAAAAAGUGUGAAUUUGAAACCUGUUCUGAGACAGAGCAAAAGGGAAGUUAGGGUUGAAAAAAGAGAAAUAGCAUGCUUCCCUGAGAGGACUUCUUUUUUUAAAUUUUCCAUGCAACAUGAAAACAUCUAUUCUUUUAUCGACCAACCCCAAGUCUGUGCAUGAAUACCUGCUGAGGUGAAUGGCAGGCUGCAACUUCUUACUUAGCUUUUGUUUAAGUUUCAGUUCCCCUUUAUAUUGUUCCAGAUCAAUAAGCUUCUCCUCAUUAUGAUGACUGUCAAAAGUCUUUUUCUCAAAAGCCAACCAUGCUGACCACAUUCACUCUGAUGAUGAUGAUGCUGUGAAAGGCUCGCUGCACACUUUGUCUUUUAAUAUUUAACAGUUUAUGUAUGUCCUUGUGUCUCCUUUCCUUGUUAGAUCAUAUAACCUUGUCAUAAGGAAAUAUACUUUCUGUGACACAAUUAACUUUUUGAACUUUUAGUAAGCAAGAGUUCCUAGUAACUAUAUGGGCACUAGCAUAAACUCAGGUGUUUCAGUGAGAAGAAACUACAGAAUUGUAAUUAUAUACUUUUUAAAACUUUUUGUAAUGGUUAAAUAUAACCGAGUGGCACCUGCUCUCUGAUAUUUAAUAUUAUUUUACUGUUUAACUUAUGAUUUAACUAACACAAGAAAGUGAAGCUAACAUGGAAGUCCCAAAACAAUGCAGUUCCUCAAGUGUCCUGAUGUCUUGAUGGCUCAUUCACAGUUCGGUUCUGAUGAGAAUGUUUAUUGCAUUUGUGACACCUUCAUAAACCAAACUGAAAAUCCAUCUUAUAUGUGAUCUAGUCUUUGGAAUACAAGUUAAAAUAGUGAAGCAUAUUUGAUUUGCGUGCAGACUCACAGCUUGACCCUCAGUAAUGACUGACCCAGGAAAAGUACACCACUUUGCAUGAGUUUUAUCAUGGUAUUGAACCUUUCCCAGCCACUGUUUCUGUUUCUCUCUCUUUCUGUUUGAGAUCUCCUCUCAACAUAAGCGAGCACAGUGACGUUGCCAUCUCUGGUAAACAUCUUGGAACAAAGAAAUCUAACAUUUGAAGUCACUUACAAGAAUGGGCUUGUGACCAUGGACUCAGUUUGAUGGUCUCUGUCUUUGUGGCUAGCUUCUCGGCUACAUUGCUGCAAAAUGUGAUGAAGACGUCAGAGGAGUGAAUGACGUCAGAUGUGGAUCUGAGUACAAGUGUCCCUCUCCUCACUGCAUCUAAAUCAGAAAGCACAAGCUUCAUUAUGUCCUGCAUCUCAUUAAUGCUCUAAAGAUCAAAAGUCAAAGUUUAAGGCCUUCUUUUGUUAUAAGCUGCCCUCUCCACCCACUCUCAGCCUUCCUUCAGCUGUAUUGAGACAGUCCAGUACCAAGUGAUGGUCUUCAAACAUGCUGCCUCAGACAAGAGCUGGGUCUGGAAGCUCAGCAUUUACUGCAUGCGUUACAAAGAGUCACAGUUCCCCAGUGCAUGUAAAUGAGAACCAGGCUCCUCUCUCGGCCUCAAAGGCCUUAUUGUCAGCAGAUAGAUAUCGCUUUACCAGUGGCCAGUCAUGACCAGACAAUGCUAUGGAGAUGAAAAUUAAUAUUUUCCUCUUUUUUUUUACGUUGUUUCCAUUAGUCAGUCACACUGUACAACCUAAGCUACCAUCGUUACCAUCUCUGUACACUUUGAAACAGAAGGCUGACACCCUCUCUCUCCACACAUACCAGCUUCACCUCAACCCCUAUGGGCCAAAUACUCCAGAUUGAGCUUGUCACCUAUAACCUGUCAUUCUCAACUCUACAUCAUGUGCAUUUUUGAGUAUAUCUAUUUGAGAAUAUACAAAAGAACACACUGAGACAUGCUUGCACAAAGUUAAAGGAUUUUCUUUUACAAUACUAAUAGCUGCUGACUUAAAGGUGGGCUGGGCAGGAUCCAAAUGAACACCAGUUUUUGGGAGAAAUCUUGAAAGUAAACACUGGACCUUGGUUAGUACUCGGUGCUGCCCAAUAUUGUCAGCGUUUCCCCAAGUUAUAAAUCAUUUAUGAAGUUAACGCUGAAAGAAUGAGUCAGUUUCGGAAACUGCUUGCGUUUUCUUAAUCUGAGGACUGUUUCAGUGGCUUCAACAGCAAUCCAUGCAUUGGCAUUACCUAAAUGGGGUCUUACUGUGUUUUUCUGUAUCUUUAGAGGCACAGUAGAAGGAGAUCUCUUUGUAUUUACGUAGAAAAGCCAAAACUAGUAGAAGUAAUACACGUGAUGACAGGCAACCUGUCACUUAAAGGGAAAGAGAGCAGACAUGCAGGUUGGUUUGACUUGUGUUAUGCCUAAAACACACUUUUGCAUAAUCAAGGGACUGAAUCUAAACCCUCUGCGCCCUGUAUCUAACACUUUUUUGGGCAGCUAAACUACCAAAAACAAGGGUUGACAACACCAAAUUUACUUCUGACCAUGCUUUGUAAAUUGUUUGUCCAGCUACCCAAACAUCAUCCAUCCAUCCAUCCAUCCAUCCAUCCAUCCAUCCAUCCAUCCAUCCAUCCAUUCAUCCAUCUAUUCAUUCAUUCAUUCAAUCCAUCCAGCUGUCAUUUUUUCCACUUAUUCAGGAUUGAGUCAUGAGCUGAGCAGCCAUUAAAGCAAGUUGACCCAAACAUCUGUUCUACUAGGAACAUCUUCAGCUCAUCCAAUGAGGGUCCAGAGGUAUUCCUGUGCCUCAUGGGAGCAAGCUCUGUUCACUCCAGCCUACUUGGGCCUCCUCCCAUUUUGACACACCUGGAACAUCUCAGCUGACUCCUUUCAAUGUAAAAGAAUGUAACACAGUUGGGACCUAUUUAAAGACUGUAUGGUUUUUAAUAGAAGGAUUCAUGUUUCCUUCAGGCUGUAGCUGAUCUCACCAUCCAGGGUCACAAAGGACAUGAACCUUUUGUGGCAAACAUAGUUCUUUACAGUUUGAGUACAGAAGCGAAUGUGACAAAUAUACUCAUGGUGAUUUAAAGGCGGUAAUUACACCCUUGAAUGCAGCCCUUGGGAUCUAAAAAUACAAAACGUAGAAGAUCCUUUAUCUGCUUUUCCUUCCCUGCAGACAAGCACAUAUCACACCCCAUGUUUCACACAUUUUAAACAUCACGCUGAUCACACUUCUGUGUUCAUGUUCCUCCUGUUGCAUGGCCAGCAGUUUUAGGAGGAAGCUCUAAUGGCCAGCCACUGAACUUAGAUGUGUAUCUAUAGACAGCAGCUCAGUUCUCUGCACAGUGCUGGCUCCAGCAGACAACUACGUCACUCAUUUCCAUAGACUUAGAUGAGGCCCGUGAUAGCAGCAGCAGCAGCAGCAGCAGCAGCAGCAGGACUUUGGUGUGGGAGGUGGAUACCUGGAGACAAACAUAUUCAGAGCUAAAGCAGUGCUGCACUGGAAGCAUUUGCAGGCAGCAGUUAUUUUUAGAUAGAACUUUCAACAUUUUUCUAUGAUUCAUGUUACUAUAGUAGUCCACUACACGAAGGACUGAGGAGAGAUGUGCCAUUAUCGAGAGUCUUAAAUGCUCCAGAAGAUACUGUUAAUAUAAUAUUGUGCAUAACAAAGACACCAGAGGAGCAACCAGCAUUUUAAAAAUGUUCAAGUGGUACAAAUAAGAUUAAAUCAAAAUAUGAAGACAACUAAAAAGAAAGGCAUGUUUUUAUCAAAGUAGUUAAGUAAGGACCAACAUACUAGGUAAAAGGAAAAUACUACUAAAUAUAGAGAUUUUUAUCAUUAUAAUUUUCUUGAUGUUAAAAACUCUAGGUGAGGGAAAAUGCAUAAAGGAUGGGUGGUUAUCCAAAUAAGUGGGAGUCUGACACUACUGUCUAAAGGACUUUAUGGCAAACAGCAGCAACAGAUGCACCCAGCAACUCUGCUGCUGUUGCCUCAAUUGCAGGACAGGGUCUUGCUUCAUUUUAUCCUGACAUAGUUGGGGCUGAGUAGCACCCCAGGCUGUUCUUAAAUCUACCCUCACUUUUUUCUGUCUCCCAAGACCUGCCUAAAAUGUAAGCCAAUGUCAUUAUUAACAGAAGCUAACAUUUGUGCCACAAUGUCAACAGACAGAGGUGAAAUGUCCCCACUUUUCUCUGUUGGUAGACUUGAGAUGAUGUGUGUGAUUAGGUGGCCUCUGGUGUUGCUUUUGAUUAUGGGAUCUAAUGAGAGUUAAGGGGUUUUGACCAAUCAAAAUCAAGUUAAUAAAAAAGGCAGGUAGUAACAUCGUUAAGCUUGCUUACAGUGGGGCCCAGGGAUUCAGCUAUACAAAUCAGUUUUGAACUUUAAAGACCCUAGAUCAUCAGUAUGUGGUACACUAGAUCUGUAAAAAUGACAUGUAAACGUGGCCUGGAUUUAAAGAUGGGAUCCAGUUUACCAAGUAUUGUUUUGUGUUUUUCUGCACACUGCACAGUCUUGAAUCUUGCAAACUUGUACAUUGACCUAUACCUUUUCCAGUUAUGUGGGCUCAAGUGGCUGGUCAGGUUAAGUUAGUUGGCUCACAGGGAGAAAACAGGGAGAGAUCAGGGAUCAAGUCAACAUGAAGGAUGGAACAUUUCUUAACACUCAGCCUGUAUUCUUCGGAGAAACAGGAUUGUAUAAAUUUGCUCCAAGAUAACUGUUUUUAACUGUUUCUGUGUAUCUUGAUUAUCCAGACCUAAGGAAAUCAUGACCUGAGUUAGGGUGACCUGAGUUAGGGGUUUGUUGAGGUAAAUUUUGGUGAAUAAAAAAAACAAAAAAACCCCAAGAUCAAAGGUAACAUUCGUCUUUCUUAAGUCUUUAAAUUUGACAAAUGAAAGACAGACUGGAGGUAUUGCUGCUUUAUAGUUUAAAUCAAGGCUUACAAUCGAGCUCUAGUAUUUACUAAAGCACAAUUCAAACAAUGUGAACAUUCUUGAAAAAGUGAGCUGAAAAAGUACGUUGAUGAUGGAAAACAAACCCUGAAUUACAGACUGGCGUGAGAAUAUUACAUAUUGAACUCUUAAAAGAAAGGAACAGUAACAGUUUAUCAAGUAAUGUUGUGGCACCAGCAACUCUGUAAGACAGGCACUGAUUUAUGAGCCCAUUGUGUUUAGUUCUUUUCUUCCUUUAUUUAAUCAUAAUGAGCUGGAAGUUUUAAGUACAGCAUACUGUUAAAGUUAAAUGGCUUUUUAAGUUGUUCAAAUGUGUUAUCAAGUUUUGUGUGAACAAAAACAAUUUGGUAAUGAACUGAAUACAGAGGAUAAGCUGCCAAGAAAUGUAUAUGUGAAAUAUAUUUCCUUGGAGUGUGACUCAGGAGGUAAACUUUUAAAUUCAUGCAUUUAUUGGGAAUUUCAUUAAGAACAACUAGUUUUAAUUUUUUGAACAUUUUGUCGAGUCACACUUUUACUGAAUGAAGCACGUGGAAGAAGAUUAGAUUUAUAUGCAUUUAAUGGCAGUUUGAUUCAUCAAAAUUGUACCUCAGCCAGGCCUAAAAGCAUGUAUGCAAGUUUCAGAAGAAUCACUUUUAAUUGUCUGUUUUGCACUUAUGGUUUGUCAAUGUGCACAUUCUUAAUAUGGUCAUGUUAAUGGGUGGAUGACAGAUCCGACCUUGACAGAUGAAAAAAGGAUGUAAAAAAACGUAGAGAAAAGCUUCUUUGAAAGAAAGAACAGAGCUGUAAAAGUGGGGCGUUUUCAUCUUUAGACGUACUUCCCCUCAGCAUCUUGUUAACGCUUUCUGCGGAUUUUUAACAAGUCAAAGAGAUGAGAUGACUUGACAGGAACAUGUUGACAGAGGGUGUGUCUCCACAUGCUGUAGAGGAGGCAGACACGCUUCUGCCAAUAAUUAGAUUCUUGCAUGGAUCUAUCUGAAACACUGAAUUACUUAAGGGGCAAGUGUUUCAGAUAUGGACCACUGACAAGCUGCUUACAUAUCAGCUAAGCAGUGAGUGCAGGGUGGUUAAUAAGGAAUACGACUUGAUGAACACAGAGACUUAGGAUUAGCAUCAGUAUUUAAAAUCUAUUUUAAUAGCAUCAAAUUAAGGACUAGAAACUUAACGAUGAAUAAACUAAAAGAGAGAAAAUAAUGAAAAGCCAAGUAUGAAGUGAAAAGUGGUUGGCACUGACACAAACUGGUCAAAUCAAGAGAAAGUAAAGAAUAAAAACAAAAAUUGAACAAGGUAAAAACUUUGAGAUUCCACUCCUACAGCGUUGGGUGUUUCACAUCACUUAGGAAGACACACACACACAGACACAAAGAUAGUCACAUAUUGUUUUUUUUAGUCAGAUUACAUGAUUUUGCAGAAACUCCAGUCACAGAGUCAUCCACUUUCUCCACUCAGCAAGUCAACAAGGGCACCAUGACCGAUCCUCUUGUACAACCUGGCGUAAUUCAAGGAACAGAAAUGUUUUUUUUCUUUGUGCUUUUGUCUCAAGUUAUCAGAUUUUGAGGAGCUAAGGUUAAAUGGGCUGAUCCCUAAGCAAACAGCCUUUAAGGUGAUUUCUUGAUUGUUUUGGGUCCGAGUGUUAUUACGGAGGAAGGAAACAGGGUGUUAUCAUGAGGCAGGCUGUGAGGAAUGAAAGGGAAUGAAGAGAGUGGCGGGUGGACUGCCUUCAGGGUUGAUGUAAUGUUUAUAUAGUGGUCAGAACAGCCAUUUCCUUCCCCUCCUCCCCCUGCAGACAGGCUCAGUCAAAGGGCACAGAUUCAGAACACAGGGCAAAGGGGUCAUGGGCUGACUCUGCCAAGUAUGUUUCAACAUGAACAUUUAAGUCCAUAUUUUUUAAACUUCUCCUCUGUUUGGUAUCUGUAAGAAGAGGCAUUUCAUGGAUUGAUGUCCCCAGAAAUGUCUCUAAAUAGUUUUCCAUCUCUUCUCACACUGACGCUGUUGCAAGAUUUGUUGUCAUCUCAAGUUUCCUUGAAAAGUGCCUGCACUGAAAUCAACCAGAUAGUCAAAUUACUCUAAAAUACUAUAGUGAUUUAAAGUUUCUGAAGUCAGAAUGUAGCACAAUUUAUUCAACACAGCUAAGCAAGAGAUCACAGUAUGUGGGAAAACAAUACUGAUGUGCUGUCUGUGACUACCAUUGGCAAACCUAGUAAGUGUUGACCUCCUCCUUCCAGGUCAACACUUACUGCCUGUGUUAGUUUGUUGGUUGUGUGGUGGUGCCAGUUUAACCAGAUGUAGCCUACGAACAAUUCUAGAUUCAAUUUCAAAUUAAGUCAUAACAGCAUUACACUUGCUGUUGAAAUGAAAAUAUCAUUAAAAGAGAAUAGAAACAGGAAUUAAUAAGAAUAAAUACGAAAUUGCAAAGUGCAGAAUAUUAAAAGUAAAAUGAUUCUCAAAAGCACAGAGUGUUGUGUACAGGCUUAAGUGUAGGAAGUGUAUACAAAAUCAAUUUUUAGCGUAGGAUAUCGCAUAGAUUAUUGGACAGUUUAACAAAGAAUUGCACUGUUAAAUGGAAUACCGCACAAUGCAGCUUAAAAACUAUGUAUUAUUAGUAUUGGUAGUAGAGCAGUUUAGCAUCAUGCUAAAACCUAAGCAAUGUGGCUUGGGCAAAGGCAAGCUUAAGUAUCGGUAUAUUAACCUAAACCUACCACUCUGAAGUGGUUGUGGCAGUUUUGGAAACUGUUUUUGACCAACAACGUGUAAGGAAUUCAGGGUGGUGUGAUUUUAAAAAAACCUAAGAAAUGAUUUGAACUUCUCUUCAGACUUUGAGCAAAAGUAAAUCUUUUCCUCUCCUGGCUUUGAUAAACUGAUGAACUGCUUCUGUUUUACUCAAAAACCAGUGACAUUUUGUGAGAACGAACCCAACAUAUCAGGGAGGAUGUUGUGACGGGUGGAGCUGUGGUUUUACAUUACAACAGUUAAGUCCAUUAUUUGAUCUUCAGUAUUUCUAGGACAGUAUUUCCCAUAUGGGACUCUGAGCUUGGGCUAUUUCUGCUCUCUGAGUCACUGCCAAGGCGUAAUGGCUUGAGACGUUGUUUUGUUUAUCUAGUCAGGAGAAAAUAAGUGAUACUUAGGAAGAGCGCCAAGGGAAAUAAAGCAUUUUAAAAUCAUGGCUCAGAGAAGUCACAGGCCCAGAGGUCAGUUAGACAACAUUACUGUUUAAAAAAAUACAGGAUUGUCAUAGCAAUAAGACACAGCCUUUGUGCACUAGUAUGUGACUUGUACCACACUGUUAUAAGGCCAAAGUGAGCAGUUUUAUAUCUGGAGCCACCAACAGCUCUGUCCAAGCUCAGACUUGGUCUACUUGUAAUGUGUUCACCCAGAACUAAACUAUCAUGCCUUCGACUGCACAAAUGAGUUUGAAUCAAGAAUACUUCAUAUAAAUGGCUGCCAAGUCUGUUAUUGAAGUUUUGAGUUUGCUCUUGACCUUGCAAACUGUUAAUGAGGAAAUAGUCUCACUACAGGGUCCUUUGGGGCUUUUCUUAAGCAUUUCAUUUUAUCCAGUGAUAAAAAAGUAGAAUGUGAAUAUGGAGGUCUGGAUUUAUAACAUGAGAAGUGUUCUGGUUUUGGACUGUAUUCCACUUGUAGUCCACAGGCUUUAGUGCAUCCAAGAACAAAAGUCACUGUAGAGAGCAAAAGCAGGCAGAAUUCCCACACCCCAUCAGCUGUAAUCUGACAAGAUUUUAUCGGCAGAUUUUGUCAAACAAGUGCAAUUUAUAAACUGCUCUGGAUCAAAAGUUUUGUAACACUUUAUUUGACGCCUAUCUUUAUAAUGCAUUAUAAAUAUAUGUAUAAUGCAUUACAAUCACAUAAUAGCACUGUAUAACCACAGUUAUAAACACUCAUAAAUGAUCAUAAUGCUUUAUAGCAAAAAUCAUAACACAUCAUAAAGCAUUUUAGCAUGCUUUACAAGGUAAGGUACUAUAAUGUGUUAUGCUUAUUGUUAUAAAGCCUUAUGAUAAUUGAUGAGUGUUUAUAAUGAUAGUUGAAAAAGGUUAUAAGCAAAUUAUAACACAUCAUAAAUAUAUGUAUAAUGCAUUCUCUAUGUGGGUAUUGUCAGUGAGUUGUUAACAGUUAUAACACAUUAUAAAUCCUGACCUUGUAAGUCAUGAUAAAAUGCUUUAUAAUGGGUAAUGAUUAUUGCUUUAAAGCAUUAUGAUCAUUUAUGAGUGUUUAUAACUAUAGUUAUACUGUGCUGUAACAUAAUUAUAAUGCAUUAUGAAUAUAUUUACAAUGCGUUAUCGAAAGGCUUCAAGUUAAGUGUUACCAAAGUUUUUUUGGGACAUAAAUCUGCUUGACACUGUGUUGCAAAAGCCCCACAUUUAUUAUUUUUUCAAUUGUCUCAGAUGUGUCAGAAAUGAUCUAUUCAACCCCUGUUUGAAAGCUGGUAUUUUUUUCCCAAUCUUUAUCAAGAACAUCACAAAAAAAUGGGACCUUCUGCUACUUGAGAUGGAUGAAUGAAUUCACAGUAUCUGUAUGUUGCAGAUGUAAACACAGCUCAGAAAAGAAAGUCUUGACUGUAAGUUAUUUUCAUAACCAACGACUUAAUUGGGAUUAAUGAAAAAGCUGGCAUGAGGUACAUUUACCCCCUCGCUGUCAGACAAGGAGGAAUAACUGACUCUUGUUUCUGACAUUAUUUCACAGUUUAUUGUGGUUAUCAUAAAUGCUUUAUUUCAUUUUUGCUUUGCCGAUUCACGCCAAUGUGAAAUUAGUAGGAGAAAGAGAUGAGAAUGAGUUGUAGGGGCUGUAGCUAGAACACCUGAGCAAAGCUAAACAGUGGCUUGUAUUGCUAGAAGAGGCGAACAUCUAGAACUGCAAAGGUUAGUCGUGUCCAUCAAAUUAAUUUUGAAUUUAGUAUUAAUUGUAUUGAUUAACUACAUUUCUUGUAGCAGCUUUUUAUUAAUAUUUCAUUUUAAAACCUUGUUAAGUCCUUCUGUCGGUAUAAACUUGACAGUAGUGUAGUUGCCAUAAUCUAGUUUAAGUUUUUUGGCAUAAAUGAUGAAUGUGUCCCUUUCAAAGAAUGAAAAAAAUUAAAUGAAUACUGUGUGAGACCUGUUGACACUUUCUCACUGUGACGCUCAGCCAUGUUAACACCGUAGAUGUCAUACAUGAUGAGCAGAAGUUUUACUUUCAGAUAAUUACUUCCUCUUAAAAACUGUUUCAAUCAUAAAUGAAAGUUACUGUCAUACCAGCGUUGUAUGUACUUACUGGCAAACCCUCCCUAAUGAUUUAUAGUAGAUUUAAAUGUACUGCAGCACUGACUCUCUUAUGUGUUAUGUAAAAUCAUGUCACUAGACCCUCAACGAGUAUUGGACCCUUGAACUCCUCACGCACCGCUGAGUGGCACCACUGUUCUUCAAAAAGAAUAGAGUCCCAGAGGGGCAGCAGGAAGGGAGGGGUCACUGCUUUGAAUAGAAAAAGAAAAGUUAAGGAGAGGCCACUGGUCUCAAGGGACGGGUGGGUGAAAGGGGUACUUCUAAUAGAAAGACGACCUUUUCUUUACUCACAUCGUACUACUCAUUAUCCAGCUGCUAACUCAGAAACAAGCUUUUACCAAGCAUUGUUAUACAUAUGAUUUUAUUGAUUUAAAAUGAUUUACCUACUUAGAUAAAACAAAGUCCCCAAGAUUCAACAGUUGACAGUGUUUCCAUGGUGACAGUGUUCUUAUCAGCCCAUUUGUAGUCAGUUCCACAUCAAACUUUUCAUUUCAUUCAGGUUGAAGUCUGAAUAUUAGCCUAUUUUACUGGUAUAAACUACCCUGAACCAAACGAUUUCAUUUACAGUAGAAUCAAAACAUUAGUGUAGUGCUUUGUAGUUGAUCACCUCUGUUUUCUUUCAUUUAGUUUAUCGCCUCUUUCACUUAUCAAUGCAGUAUCCUCAAUAUUGCUUACAGAGGUUACCUGAAACUAAUGUUUUUAUCACAUUUUUAACUGAAUGAAUUUAGAUCAUGAACUUCAUAGCCUUUAAUAAACUCUGUCAAUGGGUUUUGACAAAUCAGAGUCAAGUAUUGAGCACAACUGUGGACAACAAAAUAUCAUUAUCUUAUAAUUGAGUGCAUGGUGAUUGUGUCGGAAUGAAUUGAUUCUUCUUUUUAAGGAAAUUAACUCCAUUUGAAUAACAAUUGCUCUAUCUUUCUCUGUACCUUAGAGAAAAUGUAUUACACUGACUGAGUACUGCCUCUGCCUGACAAUAUAAUAAUACUUUAAUCGUCUCCUGCCAACAAGGUCAUUUUUCAUUAAUUAUUGAGGACAACCUGAUAAGACUUUGUGAGUUUGAAGUCUUUUCUUCCAUUGUAAGCAGAAGUUAAUGAUCGACUCUACCUGGGUGCGCUGUGGGGGAGAGAAUGAUGCAGGUUUGAGCAAUGAUGCUAUGUGUUUAAUGUUUAGCUGUGUGGCAAACAGGGAAAGAGGAAACAAGUCAGGGUUUUCUGGCCUGUUAAAGCUUAGGCUAAUAAGUAAUAUGGAAUCAGGUCUGUUUGUUUAGUCCUGACAUCAUGUGACUGAUAAGCACUGGAAAUGCACAGCUGCUGUCAUUCAGUUUUUGUGUAACUUUGUGCUUUAUAUAAUAUGAGCGUUUUUAGAGGGUAAGAAAUAUUAUCUUUAUAUUGAAUCUGCCAAUGAAAAAGAACAUUUUUUUCGGCAGAGUUCUUGUCCUUUUUCACAGGCUGCACAAUUAUUACCAGUGGUUGGGUAUUUCCAAGCUGCAGUUGUUUUAAUAUUAACUUUCAUGCAAACAGGAUCUUUGAUGAAAAGACAGAAGGACUUCAUCCCAUGAUACUUCACUUUUCAAUGUACAUAUGCAAAAUUAAGAAGGAAGUGUUCGAAUUUAACACAAAACACAAAGUACCUGUGCUGGUUUGGCUGUAGUUCAGUGGUUGAGUUUGUCAUUGGCAGUUUGAGUCCUGCAGCUGAAGUCACAAGCCAAGGAGUCUUUGGGCAAGACAAUGACCAUGAAAAGUGCUCAAAGUGAUGUCAGCUAUGUUAAAAUGUGUAUAAACGGAACUAGUUUAUAAUGAUUGCCCCUAUUAUAGCAUCAUCUACAGCCAGUGUUUGAUAGUGGUGAAAAAAUGAACUCCAAGUCCAACUAAUGGACCUUUUUGACUCAUCCUUUUUUUAAACCUUUAAUAAUAAUAAUGCAUCAGAUUUCAUAUAGCGCUUUAUCAGAGACCUUCAAAGCGCUUUACAUUGGACACAUCAUUCAUUCGCUCACACAGUCACACUUUGGUGGUGGUAAACUACCUUAGUAGUCACAGCUGCCCUGGGGCAGACUGACGGAAACGUGGCUGCCAUUUUGCGCCUACGGCCUCCCCGACCACCACCACACAACACUCACAAUCAUACACCAGUGGAGGACACACACUGGGAGCAAGGUAGGUUAAGUGUCUUACCCAAGGACACAACGGAUAGAUAGGGGGGAAUCGAACCGCCAACCUUCCAGUUAUUGGACGACCACUCUACCUCCUACUGCUUCCCUUUAUACCAGUAUUCAUGUUCUACUGACAAGUUACAAUGUCUACUACAUAGGGCCUUGUGACAUACACUUGUUACCCCAAAUUACUGUAGUUAGCUGUAGCAGUUGGCCAGGAGCAGACAUCAUCGGGUGGUGUACGACCUUCUUAGAGCAUUUCAGCCUUAAACCACAACUCUCUCCAGUUGGUUGGCUGGCAGUGGUGGCCAACUCACUGCCAAUCUGCCCCUGACCCUGUGUGCUUAAGCUAAAUAGCUAAAUGGACUGCAGCUUCAAAUCAGUAUGUUUCAAAUUUUGAAGGACUGAAAGAAUGACACCCAACAACAUAAGUAAACCAGGCUUAUACUAGAGUAAUGCCAUCAGUAGGUACUUACAUAAUUCACAUUCUCUUUACUUUUGGACGUUGCUAAAGUAUCUGAUGCUUCAUGUCACUGAAAGCAUGUCAAAGUUCCAAGCUGGCAGUUUGAUGUAGUUUUAAACCAAUACUGACCUCUACUGGUGCCUCAUGAUUCACUUUUGCUUUUCUCUGCCCUACUUUAUGCAGAUAUCCCAGGCAAAGUGUGACGGUAAGUACCGUAGUCUUAUGUCUUAUUCAUGUUGUUAUUCGUCCCACAUUUCAGUUAGUAUGUGUUAAUAAAUGUAAAAUUGAUUUCUCUUUCUUUAUGUUCUUCCAUCUUUUAGAGAAGUGUGCUGAAAAUGAAACAGAAACAUUUACAGCAGACACAACAACUGUUACAUUUGAAUCAUCUCCAAGCUGCAACUUAUCCAUUGGAAAUCACACCUCAGGACAAGGUUCGAUAUCUGGUUUGACUCCAGGAACUGUCAAUACAAUCUUCCUUGGUUGUUUUAACUGCUGCAAAAAUGUCACAACAAGUAAGUCUGCUUACUUUCUUUUAAUACAUUGACUACCCUAAAACUCUGAAAAGCAUGCUGUAGAUUCAACAUGUCCAAUUAAGAAUUAAGUCAUAACAAAAUCAUUUUCUCAUGAAAUUUUGGUCAUAAGAAAAUUAUUUUCUCACCAAAAAAUAAAUCAUCAGCAAGUCAUUUUUUUAGAAGAAAAAAGUAAUCCUGAGAACAUUUUCUCAUGAAAAUUAAGAUGUUAAGAAAGUGAUUUUUGCACAAGGAUUAAGUCCUAAGAAAAUCAUGUUCACACAAAAAAAGAAGAGUGAUAAAUUCACUUUCUCAUUAGAAUGAAGUCCUUAGAAAUUGUUUUUUCUUCUGUAAUGAAUCAAUUUUUCAUCAGAUUAAAGUCAUAAAAAGUCAUGAAAAAAAUCAUGUUCAAAGUUAUUUAUUUAGCCAGCCAUUAGCAGCAUAAUACUUUGUUGAAGAGAAAUACCAUAACUUAAGAACUCCUAUUCCUACUCUCUAACAGAGCCUGCAGCAGUCGUGAACCUCACAGUUCACCCAGUCACAACCUCCUCAAUAUCUCUGAUGUGGACCAAACCAGAGGGAGAGAGAUCCUUCUAUAGAGUAAAGUGGACCAAUGGAAAAACCAGUUGGAAUCAGAGUGUCACUGAAACAAACAUAAAUGUCAUUGAUCUGACAGCCGGAGUUCAGUACAAUUUUACUGUCACUGCAGUGGCUGGAGAUGACACAACAGAGAGUGAAAUGGUUCAGACUUCGACCUACACCAGUAAGUUGAUUAACUACAUGACUUAUCUUGACUGUGUUUAGUGUUUCUUUAGGUGGUGCCUCUUUCAUUGGUUUUGCAAUUUACCAGAAACUUUCUGUUAUUCACAAAUGUAUUUAUCGUUCUCUUCAUACAUUUUACCUUUGCUCACAGAGCCUGAAGUAGUAGGAAAUCGCACUGUCCAGAAAUUCACAACAUCCUCCAUGUUUCUGACCAGAGGGACAAAGAUCCUUCUUUAGAGUCCUGUGGACAUCAAAACUUUGGGAAACAAAUGAGACUGCUAAUGUGACAGAAACUCAUACUCACAUUACUUACCUGACUGCUGGGGUCCAGUAUGAAAUAGGGGUAUCUGCAGUGGCAGAUGAUGGCAAUACUGAAGAAGCAAUUGUGACCAUUGUCAACUACACAGUUAGUUAGUUAUUAUGGUCUUAAAUCAAGGUGAAACAAACAAGUCUUAGAACUCAGGUAAAGGGGCAAACUGUGGAUUUAUGAUCACAGGAAGAACCAAAUUGACUGUUGAUAAUGAAAUCUCCGAGCUGUAAAACUGAUAUUUUGUGUAUGACAGGAGAAUAUUUGAUCCAGGUGCAUUCACUUUUUGCUGUAGUUUGCGUUUUUACCCUGAGAAUUGCUUUCUUAACAUGGUUGUGUAAGAUUUGGUGGCAUGGAGAAACACAGUAAGUGCACAAAACAAAAGAGGAGGUCCAAAUAUGAAUUGAUUUUAGAUGUGAAACAAUGAUGCUGCAGAAUCCCCCCUCAUCUCAGACUCAAGUCUAAAAUUGGUCCAGAUAUUGAGAAACAUCAGGAGAAGAAAAAAUAUCAUUUGACCACUGCAGUUAUGAAGAUGUUUUUUUAUGAUUUAUUAGUAAAGACAGGAAAGGAGACCUGUGCAGGGAAAGUCUGUAAAACAGUGAAAGGCCAAAGACAAGACCUUAAUAGAUAUGUUUUGAGCUAAAGAGCAACUUCCAAUUGAUGUUUCUGAGAGUCCUUGACCUUUUCUUAGUGUGUCCUCAGUAACUUGGACUUAAAUAUAACUUAAGUCCUCCUGUAUAAUACCUACUCUCUCACAGAGCCUGCAGCAGUCAUGAACCUCACAGUCCACAAUGUCACAACAUCCUCCAUGUUUCUGAACUGGACUGAACCAGAGGGACAGAGAUCCUUCUAUAGAGUAAAGUGGACCAAUGGCAUAACCAGUGGAAAUAAGAAUGUCACUGAAACAAACAUAAAGGUCACUGAUCUGACAGCUGGAGUUCAGUACAAAUUUAUUGUCACUGCAGUGGCUGGAGAUGACACAACAGAGAGUGAAAUGGUUCAGACUUCUACCUACACCAGUAAGAUGAUUAACUACAUGACUUAUCUUGACUGUGUUUAGUGUUUUUUUAAGUGGCACUUUAGCCUGAUGUUUUUUUUUUGGUCUUUAGGUAGAAUACAAAGUGAUUUUCAUUAAUUGGUUUUCAAUUUACCAGAAACUUCCAGUUAUACACAAAUGUAUUUAUCAUUCUCUUCCUGCAUUUAUCCUGCUCUCACAGAGCCUGAAGUAGUCAAAGUUAUUAAUGUCCAUUAUGUCACAACAUCCUCCAUGUUUCUGAACUGGACUGAACCAGAGGGACAAAGAUCCUUCUUUAGAGUACAGUGGACUAUUGGAGAAAUUAAGAAGACUGCUAAUGUGACAGACAGACUUACUUACAUAACUAACCUGACUGCUGGGGUCCAGUAUGAAAUAAGUGUAUCUGCAGUGGCAGAUGAUAACAGUACUAAGGGAGAGAAAACCACUGUUUUCAAAUACACAAGUAAGUUGGUGUCUAAAUAGAUUUUUUCUUUAACGCAAUGGUCUCCUGAUUGCACUUGUUGGAGCAGACUGUGUGCAACAAAAGAAGAAUCAGACUCAGAGCUGACUCUCACGACAAACUCUUUAAAUUGAUAUAUGCUCAAUAAUUACAGUAUUUAAUGAAGAGAUCAGGUUUAGAUUUGUAAAAGUUCUUGUGUCCGACUGCAGCACUGUUUGUUUAAUCUAUUGUAUUUGAGAAGUCUUUGUCUACAAUCUGGAGAACCUUUAGUGCAGAAAAAAAUAGUGAUUUUAUACAAUCCUAAAGCUGUAAGCCUUUAUCCUGGACUGUUGGACAUCUGCAAAAUGAUGGAGGCUACUGGUAAAAGUGGAAAUGUAAUACUUUUUCUCAUAUCUCUAUUAAUGUGUUUGUUUCAUGCUAUCAGGUUAAGUAAGGGCUGGGUGAUAAACCAAAAAUUUACUGAAACCAAAAUUUACAACUUUAACUGGCACACUUUUACGCAUACUGGUGUAUUCAGUGUCAAAAUAAUAAAUUAAAAAAAAAGGUGGUUUUGGAUGUGUGUAUGUAGGGUAUGGUCUCAUGUCCCUUUUAGACGCUUUCCUACCUCAGAGACGUGACUCUGCCUCAUCCAGUCCAUAACAAAGAGGGAAAUACAGUCGAGGGGAUGGAGGACGGUUCAAAAGAUGUAGCGGCAGCUAAAGUAAACAAAGUCAAUGUGGGAGGGGGUGAGCAGCUUGUGGAGUAGUAAUUGUCCAUUGAUCAUCAUCGAGGUGAACUGAUCAAUAUAACGUGAUAUUGAUGUGAGGCCAUAACGCCCAGCCCUAGUUUUAGUUUUUAGGUUCUUCCUUUUUAGACCCAGUCAACCAAUAUUACAGUACACGCUUGUUUGCCUGGUGCAUUUGCUAUAGGCUGAAGAAUCCCCUGAUCCAAUGCAACAAGUGCAACAACAUAACCAUCCAAAAAAGAAGCCACAGACAAUAACAUGAUAGAUGAGUUUUGAGCUACAGAGCAACUCCCAGAUGAUGUUUCUUAGAGUCCAGGAUCUUUUCUUAGUGUGUCCUCAGUAACUUGGACUUGAAUAUAACUUAAUUCUUCCUGUAUAACACCUACUCUCUCACAGAGCCUGCAGCAGUCAUGAACCUCAUGGUUCACCAAGUCACAACAUCCUCCAUGUUUCUGAACUGGACUGAACCAGAAGGACAGAGAUCCUUCUAUAGAGUAAAGUGGACCAAUGGAAAAACCAUUUGGAAGAAUAGUGUCACUGAAACAAACAUAAAGGUCACUGAUCUGACAGCCGGAGUUCAGUACAAAUUUACUGUCACUGCAGUGGCUGGAGAUGACACAACAGAGAGUGAAAUGGUUCAGACUUCUACCUACACCAGUAAGAUGAUUAACUACAUGACUUAUCUUGACUGUGUUUAGUGUUUUUUUAAGCUGCGCUUUAGUCUGAUGUUGUUUUUUGUUGUCUUUAGGUAGAAAACAAAGUGAUGCUCAUUAAUUGGUUUUCAAUUCACCAGAAACUUCCAGUUAUACACAAAUGUAUUUAUCGUUCUCUUCCUGCAUUUAUCCUGCACUCACAGAGCCUGAAGUAGUCAAAGUUCUGAAUGUCCACAUUGUCACAACAUCCUCUAUGUUUCUGAACUGGACUGAACCAGAGGGACAGAGAUCCUUCUUUAGAGUACAGUGGACAUCAAAACAUGGAGAAACAAAUGAGACUGCUAAUGUGACAGACAGACAUACUUACAUAACUAACCUGACUGCUGGGGUCCAGUAUGAAAUAAGUGUAUCUGCAGUGGCAGAUGAUAACAGUACUAAGGGAGAAAAAACCACUGUUUUCAAAUACGCAAGUAAGUUGGUGUCUGUACUGAUUUUUAUAUUUAACACAAUGGUCUCCUGAUUGCACUUGUUGGAGCAGACUGUGUGCAACAAAAGAAGAAUCAGACUCAGAGCUGACUCUCACGACAAACUCUUUAAAUUGAUAUAUGCUCAAUAAUUACAGUAUUUAAUGAAGAGAUCAGGUUUAGAUUUGGAAAAGUUCUUGUGUCCGACUGCAGCACUGUUUGUUUUUAUCGAUUGUAUUUGAGAAGUCUUUGUCUACAAUCUGGAGAACCUUUAGUGCAGAGAAAAAUAGUGAUUUUAUACAAUCCUAAAGCUGUAAGCCUUUAUCCUGGACUGUUGGACAUCUGCAAAAAAAAAGGAGGCUACUGGUUAAAGUGGAAAUGUAAUACCUUUUCUCAUAUCUCUAUUAUUGUGUUUGUUAUCAGGUUAAGUAAGGGCUGGGUGAUAAACCAAAAAUUUACUGAAACCAAAAUUUACAACUUUAACUGGCAUCAUUUAACGCAUACCGGUGUAUUCAGUGUCAAAAUAAUAAAUUAAAAAAAGUUGGUUUUGGAUAUGGUCUCACACCCCUUUAGGACGCUAUCCUACCUCAGAGACGUGACUCCGCCUCAUUCAGUCCAUAACAAAGAGGAAAAGACAGGUGAGGAGAUGGAGGACAUUUUAAAAGUUGUUGCAGCUGGAGCGGCAGCUAAAGUAAACAAAGUCAUUGUGGGAGGGGUGAGCAGCUUGCGGAGUAGCUAUUGUCCAUUUAUCAUUAUCGAGGUGAACUGAUCAAUAUAACAUGAUAUUGAUGUGAGGCCAUAACGCCCAGCCCUAGUUUUAGUUUUUAGGUUCUUCCUUUUCAGACCCAGUCAACCAAUAUUAAAGUACACGCUUGUUUGCCUGGUGCAUUUGCUAUAGGCUGAAGAAUCCCCUGAUCAAAUGCAACAAGUGCAACAACAUAACCAUCCAAAAAAGAAGCCACAGACAAUAACAUGAUAGAUGAGUUUAAGCUACAGAGCAACUCCCAGAUGAUGUUUCUUAGAGUCCAGGAUCUUUUCUUAGUGUGUCCUCAGUAACUUGGACUUGAAUAUAACUUAAUUCUUCCUGUAUAACACCUACUCUCUAACAGAGCCUGCAGCAGUCAUGAACCUCACAGUCCACAAUGUCACAACAUCCUCCAUGUUUCUGAACUGGACUGAACCAGAGGGACAGAGAUCCUUCUAUAGAGUGAAGUGGACCAAUGGAAAAACCAUUUGGAAGAAUAGUGUCACUGAAACAAACAUAAAGGUCACUAAUCUGACAGCCGGAGUUCAGUACAAUUUUACUGUCACUGCAGUGGCUGGAGAUGACACAACAGAGAGUGAAAUGGUUCAGACUUCUACCUACACCAGUAAGAUGAUUAACUACAUGACUUAUCUUGACUGUGUUUAGUGUUUUUUUAAGCUGCACUUUAGUCUGAUGUUGUUUUUUGUUGUCUUUAGAUAGAAAACAAAGUGAUGCUCAUUAAUUGGUUUUCAAUUUACCAGAAACUUCCAGUUAUUCACAAAUGUAUUUAUCGUUCUCUUCCUGCAUUUAUCCUGCUCUCACAGAGCCUGAAGUAGUCAAAGUUCUUAAUGCCCACAUUGUCGCAACAUCCUCCAUGUUUCUGAACUGGACUGAACCAGAGGGAGAGAGAUCCUUCUUUAGAGUACAGUGGACUAAUGGAGAAAUUAAGAAGUCUGCUAAUGUGACAGACAGACAUACUUACAUUACUAACCUGACUGCUGGGGUCCAGUAUGAAAUAAGUGUAUCUGCAGUGGCAGAUGAUAACAGUACUAAAGGAGAGAAAACCACUGUUUUCAAAUACACAAGUAAAUUGGUGUCUCAACUGAUUUUAUAUUUAACACGAUGGUCUCCUGAUUGCACUUGUUGGAGCAGACUGUGUGCAACAAAAGGAGAAUCAGACUCAGAGCUGACUCUGAGCACAACCUCUUUAAAUUGAUAUAUGCUCAAUAAUUACAGUAUUUAAUGAAGAGAUCAGGUUUAGAUUUGGAAAAGUUCUUGUGUCUGACAGCAGCACUGGAUGUUUUAAUCGAUUGUAUUUGAGAAGUCUUUGUCUACAAUCUGGAGAACCUUUAGUGCAGAGAAAAAUAGUGAUUUUAUACAAUCCUAAAGCUGUAAGCCUUUAUCCUGGACUGUUGGACAUCUGCAAAAAGAUGGAGGCUAUUGGUUAGAGUGGAAAUGUAAUACUUUUUCUCAUAUCUCUAUUAUUGUGUUUGUUAUCAGGUUAAGUAAGGGCUGGGUGAUAAACCAAAAAUUUACUGAAACCAAAAUUUACAACUUUAACUGGCAUCAUUUUACGCAUACUGGUGUAUUCAGUGUCAAAAUAAUAAAUAAAAAAAAGUUGGUUUUGGAUAUGGUCUCACACCCCUUUAGGCCGCUAUCCUACCUCAGAGACGUGACUCCGCCUCAUUCAGUCCAUAACAAAGAGGAAAAGACAGGUGAGGAGAUGGAGGACAUUUUAAAAGUUGUAGCAGCUGGAGCGGCAGCUAAAGUAAACAAAGUCAUUGUGGGAGGGGUGAGCAGCUUGCGGAGUAGCUAUUGUCCAUUUAUCAUUAUCGAGGUGAACCGAUCAAUAUAACGUGAUAUUGAUGUGAGGCCAUAACGCCCAGCCCUAGUUUUAGUUUUUAGGUUCUUCCUUUUCAGACCCAGUCAACCAAUAUUACAGUACACACUUGUUUGCCUGGUGCAUUUGCUAUAGGCUGAGAGAUUCCCUGAUCCAAUGCAACAAGUGCAACAACAUAACCAUCCAAAAAAGAAGCCACAGACAAUAACAUGAAAGAUGAGUUUUGAGCUACAGAGCAACUCCCAGAUGAUGUUUCUUAGAGUCCAGGAUCUUUUCUAAGUGUGUCCUCAGUAACUUGGACUUGAAUAUAACUUAAUUCUUCCUGUAUAACACCUACUCUCUCACAGAGCCUGCAGCAGUCAUGAACCUCAUGGUUCACCAAGUCACAACAUCCUCCAUGUUUCUGAACUGGACUGAACCAGAAGGACAGAGAUCCUUCUUUAGAGUAAAGUGGACCAAUGGAAAAACCAUUUGGAAGAAUAGUGUCACUGAAACAAACAUAAAUGUCACUGAUCUGACAGCUGGAGUUCAGUACAAUUUUACUGUCACUGCAGUGGCUGGAGAUGACACAACAGAGAGUGAAAUGGUUCAGACUUCUACCUACACCAGUAAGAUGAUUAACUACAUGACUUAUCUUGACUGUGUUUAGUGCGUCUUUAAGCUGCGCUUUAGUCUGAUGUUGUUUUUUGUUGUCUUUAGGUAGAAUACAAAGUGAUGCUCAUUAAUUGGUUUUCAAUUCACCAGAAACUUCCAGUUAUACACAAAUGUAUUUAUCGUUCUCUUCCUGCAUUUAUCCUGCUCUCACAGAGCCUGAAGUAGUCAAAGUUCUGAAUGUCCACAUUGUCACAACAUCCUCUAUGUUUCUGAACUGGACUGAACCAGAGGGACAGAGAUCCUUCUUUAGAGUACAGUGGACUAAUGGAGGGAUUAAGAAGUCUGCUAAUGUGACAGACAGACAUACUUACAUUACCAACCUGACUGCUGGGGUCCAGUAUGAAAUAAGUGUAUCUGCAGUGGCAGAUGAUAACAGUACUAAGGGAGAGAAAACCACUGUUUUCAAAUACACAAGUAAGUUGGUGUCUCAACUGAUUUUUAUAUUUAACGCAAUGGUCUCCUGAUUGCACUUGUUGGAGCAGACUGUGUGCAACAAAAGGAGAAUCAGACUCAGAGCUGACUCUCACGACAAACUCUUUAAAUUGAUAUAUGCUCAAUAAUUACAGUAUUUAAUGAAGAGAUCAGGUUUAGAUUUGGAAAAGUUCUUGUGUCUGACAGCAGCACUGGAUGUUUUAAUCGAUUGUAUUUGAGACGUCUUUGUCUACAAUCUGGAGAACCUUUAGUGCAGAGAAAAAUAGUGACUUUAUACAAUCCUAAAGCUGUAAGCCUUUAUCCUGGACUGUUGGACAUCUGCAAAGAGAUGGAGGCUACUGGUUAAAGUGGAAAUGUAAUACUUUUUCUCAUAUCUCUAUUAUUGUGUUUGUUAUCAGGUUAAGUAAGGGCUGGGUGAUAAACCAAAAAUUUACUGAAACCAAAAUUUACAACUUUAACUGGCAUCAUUUUACCCAUGCCAGUGUAUUCGGUGUCAAAAUAAUAAAUAAAAAAAAGUUGGUUUUGGAUAUGGUCUCACGCCCCUUUAGGCCGCUAUCCUACCUCAGAGACGUGACUCCGCCUCAUUCAGUCUGUAACAAAGAGGAAAAGACAGGUGAGGAGAUGGAGGAAAGUUCAAAAGAUGUAGCGGCAGCUAAAGUAAACAAAGUCAAUGUGGGAGGGGGUGAGCAGAUUGUGGAGUAGUUAUUGUCCAUUUAUCAUCAUCGAGGUGAACUGAUCAAUAUAACAUGAUAUUGAUGUGAGGCCAUAACGCCCAGCCCUAGUUUUAGUUUUCAGGUUCUUCCUUUUCAGACCCAGUCAACCAAUAUUACAGUACACACUUGUUUGCCUGGUGCAUUUGCUAUAGGCUGAGGGAUUCCCUGAUCAAAUGCAACAAGUGCAACAACAUAACCAUCCAAAAAAGAAGCCACAGACAAUAACAUGAAAGAUGAGUUUUGAGCUACAGAGCAACUCCCAGAUGAUGUUUCUUAGAGUCCAGGAUCUUUUCUUUGUGUGUCCUCAGUCAUUUGGACUUAAAUAUAACUUAAGUCCUCCUGUAUAAUACCUACUCUCUAACAGAGCCUGCAGCAGUCAUGAACCUCACAGUCCACAAUGUCACAACAUCCUCCAUGUUUCUGAACUGGACUGAACCAGAGGGACAGAGAUCCUUCUAUAGAGUGAAGUGGACCAAUGGAAAAACCAUUUGGAAGAAUAGUGUCACUGAAACAAACAUAAAUGUCACUGAUCUGACAGCUGGAGUUCAGUACAAUUUUACUGUCACUGCAGUGGCUGGAGAUGACACAACAGAGAGUGAAAUGGUUCAGACUUCUACCUACACCAGUAAGAUGAUUAACUACAUGACUUAUCUUGACUGUGUUUAGUGUCUUUAAGCUGCGCUUUAGUCUGAUGUUGUUUUUUGUUGUCUUUAGGUAGAAUACAAAGUGAUGCUCAUUAAUUGGUUUUCAAUUCACCAGAAACUUCCAGUUAUACACAAAUGUAUUUAUCGUUCUCUUCCUGCAUUUAUCCUGCUCUCACAGAGCCUGAAGUAGUCAAAGUUCUGAAUGUCCACAUUGUCACAACAUCCUCUAUGUUUCUGAACUGGACUGAACCAGAGGGACAGAGAUCCUUCUUUAGAGUACAGUGGACUAAUGGAGGGAUUAAGAAGUCUGCUAAUGUGACAGACAGACAUACUUACAUUACCAACCUGACUGCUGGGGUCCAGUAUGAAAUAAGUGUAUCUGCAGUGGCAGAUGAUAACAGUACUAAGGGAGAGAAAACCACUGUUUUCAAAUACACAAGUAAGUUGGUGUCUCAACUGAUUUUUAUAUUUAACGCAAUGGUCUCCUGAUUGCACUUGUUGGAGCAGACUGUGUGCAACAAAAGGAGAAUCAGACUCAGAGCUGACUCUCACGACAAACUCUUUAAAUUGAUAUAUGCUCAAUAAUUACAGUAUUUAAUGAAGAGAUCAGGUUUAGAUUUGGAAAAGUUCUUGUGUCUGACUGCAGCACUGGAUGUUUGAAUCGAUUGUAUUUGAGACGUCUUUGUCUACAAUCUGGAGAACCUUCAGUGCAGAGAAAAAUAGUGACUUUAUACAAUCCUAAAGCUGUAAGCCUUUAUCCUGGACUGUUGGACAUCUGCAAAAAGAUGGAGGCUACUGGUUAAAGUGGAAAUGUAAUACUUUUUCUCAUAUCUCUAUUAUUCUGUUUAAGUUAUCAGGUUAAUUAAAGGCUGGAUGAUAAACCAAAAAUUUACUGAUACCAAAAUUUACGACUAUAACUGACAUCAUUUUACCGAUACUGGUGUAUUCAGUGUCAAAAUAAUAAAUUUAAAAAAGUUUGUUUUGGAUAUGGUCUCACGCCCCUUUAAGACGCUUUCCUACCUCAGAGACGUGACUCUGCCCCAUUCAGUCCAUAACAAAGAGGAAAAGACAGGUGAGGAGAUGGAGGACAGUUCAAAAGUUGUAGCAGCUGGAGCGGCAGCUAAAGUAAACAAAGUCAAUGUGGGAGGGGUGAGCAGCUUGUGGAGUAGCUAUUGUCCAUUUAUCAUUAUCGAGGUGAACCGAUCAAUAUAACGUGAUAUUGAUGUGAGGCCAUAUCACCCAGCCCUAGUUUUAGUUUUCAGGUUUUUCCUUUUCAGACCCAGUCAACCAAUAUUACAGUACACACUUGUUUGCCUGGUGCAUUUGCUAUAGGCUGAAGGAUUCCCUGAUCAAAUGCAACAAGUGCAACAACAUAACCAUCCAAAAAAGAAGCCACAGACAAUAACAUGAAAGAUGAGUUUUGAGCUACAGAGCAACUCCCAGAUGAUGUUUCUUAGAGUCCAGGAUCUUUUCUUUGUGUGUCCUCAGUCAUUUGGACUUAAAUAUAACUUAAGUCCUCCUGUAUAAUACCUACUCUCUAACAGAGCCUGCAGCAGUCAUGAACCUCACAGUCCACAAUGUCACAACAUCCUCCAUGUUUCUGAACUGGACUGAACCAGAGGGACAGAGAUCCUUCUAUAGAGUGAAGUGGACCAAUGGAAAAACCAUUUGGAAGAAUAGUGUCACUGAAACAAACAUAAAUGUCACUGAUCUGACAGCUGGAGUUCAGUACAAUUUUACUGUCACUGCAGUGGCUGGAGAUGACACAACAGAGAGUGAAAUGGUUCAGACUUCUACCUACACCAGUAAGAUGAUUAACUACAUGACUUAUCUUGACUGUGUUUAGUGUUUUUUUAAGUGGCGCUUUAGUCUGAUGUUUUUUGUUGUCUUUAGGUAGAAAACAAAGUGAUUUUCAUUAAUUGGUUUUCAAUUUACCAGAAACUUCCAGUUAUUCACAAAUGUAUUUAUCGUUCUCUUCCUGCAUUUAUCCUGCUCUCACAGAGCCUGAAGUAGUCAAGGUUCUCAAUGUCCACAAUGUCACAACAUCCUCCAUGUUUCUGAACUGGACUGAACCAGAGGGACAAAGAUCCUUCUUUAGAGUACAGUGGACUAAUGGAGGAAUUAAGAAGACUGCUAAUGUGACAGACAGACAUACUUACAUUACUAACCUGACUGCUGGGGUCCAGUAUGAAAUAAGUGUAUCUGCAGUGGCAGAUGAUAACAGUACUAAAGGAGAGAAAACCACUGUUUUCAAAUACACAAGUAAGUUGGUGUCUAAAUAGAUUUUUUAUUUAACGCAAUGGUCUCCUGGUUGCACUUGUUGGAGCAGACUGUGUGCAACCAAAGGAGAAUCAGACUCAGAGCGAACUCUGAGCACAACCUCUUUAAAUUGAUAUAUGCUCAAUAAUUACAGUAUUUAAUGAAGAGAUCAGGUUUAGAUUUGGAAAAGUUCUUGUGUCUGACAGCAGCACUGGAUGUUUUAAUCGAUUGUAUUUGAGAAGUCUUUGUCUACAAUCUGGAGAACCUUUAGUGCAGAAAAAAAUAGUGAUUUUAUACAAUCCUAAAGCUGUAAGCCUUUAUCCUGGACUGUUGGACAUCUGCAAAGAGAUAGAGGCUACUGGUUAAAGUGGAAGUGUAAUAUUUCUUCUCAUAUCUCUAUUAUUCUGUUAAAGUUAUCAGGUUAAUUAAAGGCUGGAUGAUAAACCAAAAAUUUACUGAUACCAAAAUUUACGACUAUAACUGACAUUAUUUUACGCAUACCGGUGUAUUCGAUGUCAUAAAUAAUAAAUUAAAAAAAGUUGGUUUUGAAUAUGGUCUCACGUCCCUUUAGGCCGCUAUCCUACCUCAGAGACGUGACUCUGCCCCAUUCAGUCUGUAACAAAGAGGAAAAGACAGGUGAGAAGAUGGAGGACAGUUCAAAAGUUGUAGCAGCUGGAGCGGCAGCUAAAGUAAACAAAGUCAAUGUGGGAGUGGGUGAGCAGCUUGUUGAGUAGUUAUUGUCCAUUUAUUAUUAUCGAGGUGAACCGAUCAAUAUAACGUGAUAUAGAUGUGAGGCCAUAUCGCCCAGCCCUAGUUUUAGUUUUCAGGUUCUUCCUUUUUGGACCCAGUCAACCAAUAUUACAGUACACACUUGUUUGCCUGGUGCAUUUGAUAUAGGCUGAGAGAUUCCUUGAUCCAAUGCAACAAGUGCAAAGACAUAACCAUCCAAAAGAGAAGCCACAGACAAUAACAUGAAAGAUGAGUUUUGAGCUACAGAGCAACUCCCAGAUGAUGUUUCUUUGAAUCCUGGAUCUUUCCUUCGUGUGUCCUCAGUAACUUGGAACUAAAUGUAACUUAAGUCCUCCUGUAUAACACCUACUCUCUAACAGAGCCUGCAGCAGUCGUGAACCUCACAGUUCACCAAGUCAAAACCUCCUCAAUAUCUCUGAUGUGGACCAAACCAGAGGGACAGAGAUCCUUCUAUAGAGUAAAGUGGACCAAUGGAAUAACCAGUGGAAAUAAGAAUGUCACUGAAACAAACAUAAAGGUCACUGAUCUGACAGCCGGAGUUCAGUACAAAUUUACUGUCACUGCAGUGGCUGGAGAUGACACAACAGAGAGUGAAAUGGUUCAGACUUCUACCUACACCAGUAAGAUGAUUAACUACAUGACUUAUUUUGACUGUGUUUAGCAUUUCUUUAAGUUGCGCUCUAGUCUGAUGUUGUUUUUUGUGGUCUUUAGAUAGAAUGAAAAGUGAUGCUCAUUCAUUGAUUUUUUUUUUAAUUUACCAGAAACAUCAGUUUUUUUCUUAAAUGUUUUUAUCGUUCUCUUCCUGCAUUUAUCCUGCUCUCACAGAGCCUGAAGUAGUCAAAGUUCUCAAUGUCCACAAUGUCACAACAUCCUCCAUGUUUCUGAACUGGACUGAACCAGAGGGACAGAGAUCCUUCUUUAGAGUACAGUGGACAUCAAAACAUGGGGAAACAAAUGAGACUGCUAAUGUGACAGACAGACAUACUUACAUAACUAACCUGAAUGCUGGGGUCCAGUAUGAAAUAAGUGUAUCUGCAGUGGCAGAUGAUAACAGUACUAAGGGAGAAAAAACCACUGUUUUCAAAUACACAAGUAAGUUGGUGUCUGUACUGAUUUUAUAUUUAACGCGAUGGUCUCCUGAUUGCACUUGUUGGAGCAGACUGUGUGCAACAAAAGGAGAAUCAGACUCAGAGCUGACUCUGACAACAACCUCUUUAAAUUGAUAUAUGCUCAAUAAUUACAGUAUUUAAUGAAGAGAUCAGGUUUAGAUUUGUAAAAGUUCUUGUGUCUGACUGCAGCACUGGAUGUUUGAAUCGAUUGUAUCUGAGAAGUCUUUGUCUACAAUCUGGAGAACCUUCAGUGCAGAGAAAAAUAGUGACUUAAUACAAUCCUAAAGCUGUAAGCCUUUAUCCUGGACUGUUGGACAUCCUGAAAAUAUAAGGCUACUGGUUAAAGUGGAAAUGUAAUAUUUCUUUUCACAACUUUAUUAUUUUGUUUGAAGUUAUCAGGUUCUUCUUUUUUGGACCUAGAUGGGCAAUAUUACAGUACACACUUGUUUGCCUGGUGCAUUUGCUAUAGGCUUAGGGAUCCCCUAAUGAAAUGAUAAUUGUAUCAGACAACUUAUGUUUGUCUUUGCAAUAAGGAAAUGCUGUAAGAAGACAUUUACCUUUAUAGCUCCAUAAUAAAGUACAUUCAUUCAGAAGUGCAAUUACAUAACAAUCCAAAAGAGAAGCCACAGACAAUAACAUGAUAGAUGAGUUUUGAGCUACAGAGCAACUCCAAGAUUACAUUUCUGAGAGUGUCCUCAGUAACUUGGACUUGAAUAUAACUUAAGUCCUCCUGUAUAACACCUACUCUCUCACAGAGCCUGCAGCAAUCGUGAACCUCAUGGUUCACCAAGUCACAACAUCCUCAAUAUCUCUGAAGUGGACCAAACCAGAGGGACAGAGAUCCUUCUAUAGAGUAAAGUGGACCAAUGGAAAAACCAGUGGGAAUAACACGGUCACUGAAACAAACAUAAAGGUCACUAAUCUGACAGCUGGAGUUCAGUACAAUUUUACUGUCACUGCAGUGGCUGGAGAUGACACAACAGAGAGUGAAAUGGUUCAGACUUCUACCUACACCAGUAAGAUGAUUAACUACAUGACUUAUCUUGACUGUGUUUAGUGUUUUUUUUAAAGUGGUGCUUUAGCCUGAUGUUGUUUUUUGUUGUCUUUAGGUAGAAUACAAAUUGAUGCUCAUUCAUUGGUUUUUCCAAUUUACCAGAAACUUCCAGUUAUUCACAAAUGUAUUUAUCGUUCUCUUCCUGCAUUUAUCCUGCUCUCACAGAGCCUGAAGUAGUCAAAGUUCUUAAUGUCCACAAUGUCACAACAUCCUCCAUGUUUCUGAACUGGACUGAACCAGAGGGACAAAGAUCCUUCUUUAGAGUACAGUGGACAUCAAAACACGGAGAAACAAAUGAGACUGCUAUUGUGACAGAAACAUAUGUUCACAUUACUAACCUGACUCCUGGGGUCCAGUAUGUCAUCACUGUCAGUGCAUUAGCAUGUGAUGGCAGUACUGAAGGAGAGAGAACCACUGUUUUCAAAUACACAAGUAAGUUAUUGUCAUAGAAAUAAUGGUGAGUUUAAAAGACAAGUUACACAGCAGUGUAACCCCCCCACCAACAUUGCUUUUGCACCCUGUUAAAUUGCUAAAACAUUGCUUUUGCAAUUUGUUUUUUCUCUUCUGUCCCCAGAACCUGGUAGUAUUGGGAACCACACAGUGUCCACAGCCACCUCUUCCAUUCAUCUGACCUGGACUCCACCUCCUGGUGAGGUGUCUGAAUACAGAGUAACCUGGGAUAAUGGUGGGACAGUUAAGUCCAUAAAUACAACCACCAACUAUACUGAGCUACCUAACCUGAUCCCUGGUACUGCCUAUUCAAUCCGAAUCAUUGCUGUGAAUGAAGAGCGUAAAGAAGGAGAGUCAUACAGAUUCAUUUCGGUCACCAGUAAGCCACAUUUCCUCCACUGGAUAUAACUAUUUAUGUUCUCAUUCAUUGGUCAAGUGUGAACCAAGUGUACAAGUAUAAAUUGUUUUUUUUUCUACAUUCAUAGAACCAGCUAGGGUUAAGGAUCUCAAGAUUGCAGGAGUCACAACAACAUCUGUGUUUUUGAGUUGGACUAAACCAGAGGGCAAUGUUACAUCGUACAGAGUUGAGCAGACUGAAGGAGUAAGCUUCAACACCGCUGACACCUCCUUCAACAUCACUGGUUUAACCCCUGGGGACAACUACACAUGCACAGUAUUUGCUGUUGCAAGAGAUCCUCAAAACGAAGGAGAAGGAAACUCAGAAACUACCUUCACAGGUAGGUGAUUAGAUGAAGCACUUUUUAAAACAGAUGCAUUUUGUCCAUAAUCAUUAAUUCAGUAUUAGUUUAAUAGUUAUCCAUUUAAACACCUGCAUCCACGUAUUGCUAAACUCUCAUCUUUAAAUAAUACCACAUUUUAGUGGGUAAUAAACUAUGAAAUAAAGAUUGAUCCACAGACUCAUAAAAUGGGCUUUUGAAGAGAAUACACCUACUACUCUUUUUUCAUACCAUCUGAAAGUGUGACAUUUGAAAUGAAUAUUGUGUUGUUUCUAAGUGCAAUUCCAAAAACCCUAUAAUAGACAACACUUGUACCUCUUUGAUGUAUAGUACCUGUACAGCCCGAGAACAUUCGUGCAAAGCCACCUGGAACGGAUAACCUGGACAUCAGCUGGACUCUGCCACACGGGAGGGUCGAUCACUACGUGGUGAACAUCUUGAAUGAGAAUCUGCAGUUUUCAAGAAGCAAUACAACAACGGAGAAUCGUUUUCAUUUCACUGGUUUAAAGCCGGGGAGACUCUUUGUCAUUACAGUGACCUCUGUCGCUGGAGACAAACAGUCCUCUAACCAGGUGAAAUUUGCCACUGGUGAGUUCAAGAACCUUUGUGUCAGCUGUUACUGCAUGAUUUAUUAAAGUUCGAGGUAAGAAUAAAACCUUUAAUGAUGACUCUUUUUUUUUGGUUUCUAUAACUGAGUUUCAGUCAUUUAGUUUUGAAAAAACAAGUUAAAGUCAUGUGACUGGAUGACUUGUAUUUUCUCCUGUUACCUGAUAUUUUAUGAAAAACUCUCCAGGGACUCUCCACCAGUUGUGCGAUAUUUCAUGUAUAACCCAUGCAAAAAAAAAAAAUCUUAAACCGUGUAUGACAGGUUGUCUUAUCAGAAUUAUCUCACUUGAAACAUGGAGCAGUAAUUUUUUAUCCACCUGUUGUUCAUACUUGUUAGCUCCCACACCUCCUGGUACCAUCCACAUCACUGACAGGACAAACUCUUCACUUCAUGUUAAGUGGGAAACUCCUGCUUCAAUGGAGGGUGCUCCAGACAUCAGCUAUCACAUCACCUGCUACUCACCUGAGGGUGUUGCAGUACAAAAUAAGAGCACCACAGACCGAGAAAUAGAUCUCCUUUCACUGUCAUCUGGAACUCGCUACAACAUAUUUGUGCAAACAGCUGGUCCACAAGACUUAAAGAGUUCAGAUUAUAAUACUUCCACAUACACCUGUAAGUACAAUACUUUUUUUUCACUUGUUAUAUUCACAGAAUAUAAAAUUUAGGUAACUGAAGUAUUAGGAAGAAAUCUAAUCUUUUUGAAUUACUUUUGAAUAACAUUUCCUGUAUUUAUCAUUUUUCUAGCACCAAAUCCAGUGUUGACCCUGGUAUGCAGCCCCAAAUCCAACGAAUCUGUAGAAGUGAAAUGGUCAGACCCAAUAGAAGCCAAGACCUAUUACAACUACUCAGUUGAAGCCCAAAAUCUCACAGGAAAAACGAUUAACAACUUAAUAGUCAGCAAAAACGUCGUUGAAGUAGAAGACUUAGAUCCAGGGACUCAUUACAACAUCAGUGUUUGGACUAUAGCAGCACCAGAAAUUCAUUCAGCCAUUGAAUACACCUUGUGUUACACAAGUAAGGCCUCAAUUAUAAUACUUUUAAGUACUGCAUAUGCUCUAUACCAGUGGUUCUCAAGUCCAGUCCUCGAGGCCCACUGUCCUGCAUGUUUUGGAUGUUUCCCUGCUCCAACACACCUGAUUCAAAUGAUCAGCUCGUUAUUAAGCCAUUACAGAGCUUGAUAACGAGCUGAUCAUUUGAAUCAGGUGUGUUGGAGCAGGGAAACAUCCAAAACAUGCAGGACAGUGGGCCUCGAGGACUGGACAUGAGAACCACUGAUAUAUUCCAAUGAAAUACUUUUUAAUCUUUUUGUUCUUUCAUCACCAAUAACACUCUGCUGUGUGUUUCUGCAGAGCCCACUGCAGUGACCAACCUCAGAGUGGUGAAUGUGACCACCACGACUGCCCAGUUGUCUUGGGCUUUGCAGUGGGAUCAUAAAUCGUCCUACUCCUACCUGGUGAUGGCUUUUGAGAAUAGCAUGCUGGUUCACAAUGAUUCAACUAAGGAUGACACAUACACCUUCACUGAUCUGUGCCCUGGUAGUUUCUACACUUUUAAAGUGAUCACAGUUGUAGAGGGAGUCAGGGCUGAGGAGGCAACCACAUCAGAUAACACAGGUAUGUCUUUUAAGCCUGUACUCUUUUUUUUAUAGACUGUAUCGUACUUAAAUGUAGGGUUGGUGGCGUCAUCUAUUUGUUUCUGAAGUGGAGUUCUGAAGCAUAUUUGUGCCAAUGGCCAUAUUAAUGAUAAAUAUCAAAUAAUAAUAAUAAAAAUAAAUAGUAAAAAAUAAUAUAAUAAUAAAGUUCUUCUUAAUAAAGUUCUUCUUAUAUUAGUAAUGCUAACUCAACUUAACUUUCAGUUAACCUACCAGAGGUGGGCUUUAAGCCUCUUCUCAAAUAACUGAAUCAACAGUCUUGUCAAACAAACAUCUUACAAAGAUAAUUCACCUCACGCACAGAAGUGCUGUGGGAACCCUGAACUACUUAGAUCACAACUGUUUUUUUGAAGCAGCUCUUGACAUGUUUGUUUUUGCAGUAAAAUUGGGUCUUUUGAAUUUGUGGGAACUGUGAACUGCACUUUUUAGAACUUCUGCAUCAUUUCCCAAGACUGAAGGUUACCUCUUGAAAUCAACAUAAAUUAAGGGAAAAUUCAAUAAUUGGUCCUAAGUCAAGUGUUAUUAAACUGAACUCUUUGAAUCAAAUCAGGUUUACCAUCAACAUUAAAACGCUUGGCAUGAAGAUACUGCAUGUAUCAAAGUGGAUCUGUCUCCGCUAUCACUUUAGGUUCAAGUAGUAGUUCAUUUAAAUAUCACUAAGGAUUUAUGAUAGAUGUAAACAAUAACAGAAUUUAAUUAUUUAUUUUUUGCAGCUCCAGCACUGGUUUCUAACAUCUCAGUAUUAGGGAGCACAAACAGCCUGUCAGUGACCUGGACUGCAGCAGGGUGUAAGGUGGACUCAUACUCCGUUUGGCUGUACAGUAACGAGAGGCUGAUUAAACGCACCGAUCCGACAAACGCAACUGUCGAAGUGUUUGAUGACCUGACACCGGGAGUUGUGUACUGUGUGGAGGUGGUCAGUAAAACUGGAAGUCACGAGAAUAAAAUAUCCCCAGUUUGCAACGCAACUUGUGAGUGAUAUGGACUUUUAAAGCCAUUAAAACUAUAUUUACCAAUAUGAGUAGUAUCAGUAUUUUUUUUUUUCGUAUCCCUUUUCGAAUGGAGUAUUGAGUUUUCCUUCUCUCUUUUAGUUCCCAAUCCUCCUGGUCCCAUCAAAGUGGAGUCUCAGACUGUGGACUCUAUAAACUUCACCUGGACUUUACCAAAGGACAUGGACCACGGGCAGUAUAAGUUCAGAGUGUUCAGCUUUGGCGGCCCUAAUAUCACUGAAAACUCUUGGUUCCUGCUGAGUGAUCUGUUGUCUGGAAGCCCGUACAAUAUCUCUGUUGUUACUGUAGGUGUGAAGGACUAUGAGAGCACAGCAGAGACAGCAAAAAUCUACACAAGUGAGUAACACACACACCACUAUCCUGUAAUUGCUGUGGUUGUUAGUAGCUAUAAUUAGUAUAUUUCUUAAAUUAUUCAAGCUUUUUGGAGUUUUUUUUUUUUUAAUUUGUAUCUCUUUGUUUUAUUAUGACUUCAUUGAGAGUUUACCUCUUUAUUUGGCUAAUUAAGAUCGAUAGAAAUAUCAAGCUUAUCCCAAAUAACACUAUUAGCUGAAAAAAAUAUGAUGCUUUGUAAAACAGAAAUACGUACUUUUGCUGUAUGUAUAUGUUCAAAUUACAUUUAACUUUUAAUUUGAUAAGAAAUUUACCAAAACUUUGACACCCAAAUUAAUCAUGAUUAACUCAUGAACCAGAGAGAUAUUUUGAGUUAAUUAAGACCACUCAUAAGCACCAGAUGACCACUGAUCAUAAAAGUAUUUCAGCAUUUUAACUUUCUUGUGUUUCUUUGAGAAACUAUUGAGGUCUUACUCCUGUCUACUGAUCCACACAUGCUAUUCAAACUCCUUUACCUUAGUCCAACACAAAUGCCUGCUAAUUUUAUCCAAUGCGAUUUCCAAAUUUCACUUUUCUCAGGACCGCAUCCUGUAACCCUGAAAACUGGAGAGACACAAAUCACCACAAAUACAGUGACAUUGUUUUGGGAACAGAGCGAAAGCAAACCUGACUACUUAUAUGAAGUGCAAGUCUCUAACAACAACACGCUGGAAACAUUCAACACCACAGCUACGAUCAAUGAUCUUUUCUCUGGGAGUAACUAUACGUUCACUGUAACUUCAAUGACAGCAGACCGCACUCGGGCAGCUCCUGUGACUGCGGCAUAUUUUACACGUAAGUAUAAAUGAUAGGCUGGCUAAGCUGCUGUAUUCAUUGUAGUAUUAUUAAUCUGUUGGCAAGUGACAUAUUUUUUCAUGUCUGAAGCUUUCUGUUUUUUAUUUAUUUUAUUUUUUUAUUUUUUGUUUUGUUUUGGAGUUGUAUUUUCCACAUGCAUGAUAGUGAGCAUGGGCUGUUUGCAGAAAAAUACACUGUAGAGAGAAGAAUAGGACUAAGUCUGGUGCAAUGGCAGCUCUGAUAUCUUUAAACAAACAUCUUUAUGGUGGUGCAGCCAAUAGCGCACUUGUAGACUUAGAGCCCUAUCUUACCCACAUUGCAAAACUUUUUAGCAUGCAGUGCAAAUCACUUUUUUUUCACCCGACCCACCUUUCACCUUGUGCCCAGCAGCACCCAUGAGGUAUACUGUAGAUAGCAAGUGAACUCACACAUCACUUGACACCCACUUAACUAUCAAGUUUGACAUGCUCUGUAGACCACAAGUUUUCGAUUGUUCAUUAGGGCCCACUUUUUUAUGCUUCUAAAUUUCUAGCAUUGACAGCAGUUGUUACAGAUUAAUUUUGGACAUCAAAUGUUUAAAAUCUGAUAACAAAUACAAAAGUUUAGUUACUCAUUUGGACUUCCAUCAGGGUGCAUAUUCAGUUUCAGUUUAUUAAUUCACUAUUCAGUCACAAUGACAGUAUCUUUUUACAAAAUAAAUUCCAUUUUCUUCACGACUGAAUCCUCAGAAGCAAAAGUUUGUAUGCCAGAAGGUUGGGUGAUUGGUUGUCUUCAUUGGCUGUUGAUUUAUGAGAAAAUAUUUGCUCUGUUUUCAGGGCCAUAUGCUGUCAGAGGGUUGGAUGCUGAUACCUUGAACACAACUACUAUACAUCUGUCUUGGAUGAAACCUCUGGACUACAAGUCAGAAUAUACUUAUCGGGUGCAGACUUCAAGUUGUGAUUCCCCCAAAAACCAAACCCUUGCUGAAAACAGCACACUGAUCUCAGAACUUACUCCUGGAACUAACUGCACCUUCUGUGUCAGUGUUAGAGCAGCAGAUGGCAUCGAAGGACAAGCAAUGUGCACCUCUAAUUACACAAGUAAGACUAAAACCUGUCACUACUCAAUUUACUUCUAAUAAUCACUGUGGUUUUAUGGGCUUUAAUCUUCCCCUGUCUGCUUUGUUUUUACAGAACCUGAGGUAGUGUUUCCCAUCAUUUUCAAUGAGGGCUCCAACAAUUCACUCCUGGUGUUAUGGACUAAACCUGCUGGUAGAGUGGAGCGGUAUAUGGUUAAUCUAACCAACAACGCUGAGGGUACGAGAGAGCAAGUGCUGAGCCCCGACAGUAGCUCUUUUCGGUUUGUGGGCCUGUCUGCUGGACGGAUUUAUGAUGCCGUGGUUAUCACACAGAGUGGACCCUUCAAAGUUUUAUCCGAAAAUGUUACUAAUGCAACUUGUAAGUACAAUUUACAUAUUUGGAACAAUUUUAUAUGAAGAUAUACAUAACCUGUGUCAAACUGGUUUAACAUAUUCUCUAUUCACUUGCUUUUCAUCCCUUAACAAAAAUGCCCCUCUGUAUGCCCUCACACCUGUGCCCGCUAACUUUUAUAUCUCUAUACCUGUGACAGACAUAAAUAUUUUUGCAGUGUUUACCAGUUUAGAUGCAAACAGAAACUAAUAUCUUUGCCACAGUGGCAAACGCAGCAAACAAACUUACAAAGCUUUGAAUUGACAGGAAGUUCUGUAGUAUAACUCUGUAUUUACAAGACUUGCUGCAAAAAUAACAGACAAUUGAAUGCUUUUAUCGAUAGUUUGUAAAUCUCCAAAUGAAAUAAGGAUUGCUGUAAGUUUACGUAGCAGUGAAGUUUGAUCCAAGACAACGGAAAAUAUAGCAAUGAGAAAUAGCCUGCGUGACUACAUGUUAAUGCCACAUUCAACACAGUCCGCAUGGCUCUGUAAGCAUUUAUUUGUAUUUUGGAGAUUUUCGUUGUUGUUAUACUCUGCUUGUUAAAUUUGAUUUUUGCUAUCUUUUUUGUUUCAGUACCUAACCCUCCUGGAAAUAUAGUAGUACUGGAAAAGACAACCAACUCUAUCCAGAUUGAGUGGGCAGAGGCUCCUUUGAUGACUGGCGCAUCAUACUUCUACCAGCUGACUAACAUCUCAGGACAAGAAGGCGACUACAUCUCUGCCUAUGACACCACCCAUAAUUUUGUAUCCCUACUGUCUGGGACCCCCUAUAAUAUCUCUGUGUUAACAGUCGGGGAUUUGAAUUUUAAGAGUGAGGAAGUUCAGAUCAACAUGGUCUUCACAAGUAAGACUUUAUUUGAUUGUUCGAUAAAGCCAAGACUCAGAUUCAGCUUUGUUUCCAGACAUUAACAUCUACACAUCCAAUUGUCUUUCUUAUACCAUCAGGACCAUUUAGUGUGAAGUCUUUACAUGCUUCCACGGAUGAGGAGAAUAUCGAUGUCACAUGGAUACAACCUGACCAAUACAAGGAAAGCUACCGUUUCAACCUGAUCUCGCAAAGCUUAGAUGGGCCCCGCAAUGCCAUAGUUAAGGGUAACAGCGUACGUCUGGAUAGCCUGGCUCCUGGAAGUCCUUACAACAUCAGUGUCACUACAGAGACCUCAGAUGGAACGCAGGGGGAUCCAAAACACAUAUCAAACUGCACAAGUAAGAUUAAAAUAGUUGGUGAUAUGUUAAUUCCCAUAAAACAUUUUCACUCUUCGGUUAUUAAUUCAUUUUUCCAUUUCUGUUUGAUGCUUUAGAGGCGAGCCCUGUGGUAGAUAUUAAAUGUGAAGGUCCAAACAAAGCAGUAGCAGAACUCGUCCUGUCCUGGGACUGUCCUCGUGGUCGUUAUGCUGACUUCAAGGUCUCUGUACACGGCACCAACAGAGAUUACCUACUUUACACAGAGUGUAACGGUACUGUGUCCAACCUUCAUCACUACACUGAGUACUCAGUGACUGUGGAGACCCAGAGCUGUGGACAGCCCAGCAGCCCUGUGUCUCUUUCCUGCAUGACUGGAAUCACAGGUAGGACAUCAUACCUGAAGGGUUGGGGAAGCACAGGGUUUAUACAUGGAUCCCUUCCAUAAGUCGUAUUGAAAAACUUUUAUAAACACCUUGUUUUCUGAUGGGUUAUCUGUUUAAAUGUCUGAAGGAACUUGAAAAUGGAUGACAUGACUCUAGAGGAUAUUUUUCUCUUGGAUUUAAUUGAAAUUUUGCAGCAUUUAAAACAAAAGCAGAGCAAUAAAUUGAGUAAGUGAGUCAGGUUCGCCACCACAGAGAGAGAGAGAGACAAAACAAAGAAAGUAAUGCCCCUUACAAAAAUCUGCUCCACCAUGAUGUUUCAUUAACACUAAAAAAACAUUAGACCACCAACAAGCUCAACUCUCUAACAAAAUUAUUGUGCAAGUGUGUAGAAGAGGCUGAACAUUUCCUCAUGCACUUGCACAAAACUCAUGCAUCAUUUCAUAAGCUGCAGAGAAAAGUUGCAGGAAGAUGACAAAAACAUUGUUGCUCGUUGUGCAAAGUGGUGUGAUCUGUGUGUGCAGCUCUUCUUUACUUUGCACACGGAUCUCAUUUGCUCCUGUGAGUUUAACCAGUGUUUGGCAGGCCUUGUAGCUAUUUCAGUGAAAACCAACUAUAUUUAUAAAAAACUUAGCUCUACCCUCUCAGGCGUCUAACCAUCACUCACACCACUCCUGAGUCAUUGCAACAGGAAGAAGGACUAGACUGAUGAUAGUACCUUUGAAUUUUUUCCUUCAUGCAGGGUUGUGAUGAGAUAAUAUUAAUAUUGAUGUGACAAAAUUCAAAGACAUUUUGACGAGCUAAGAAGGCUACCUUUCGGGGGCCUUAUCAGUCAGACAUGGCUUGCAAUAUAAAGAGAGAAGAAAAAGAAAUAGUAAAUAAAUAAAUACUUAGCUAUGGUAAAGGAGAAGAGUUUGUUUUUGUCAUAGUUUUUGUUCAGUUUCUUUUGAUUUACUGUGCUGUUAGCAAAGGAAAACUCUUUGACCUGUAGUGUAACCUUUUCUCACAGACCCUCCAGCUCCAAAGGAUGUACACUUUCUGGUGACGAUAAAGGAAACGCAACACAACAAGUUCGUCCUUCAGAUUAACUCGACCGUGCUGAGCAGCACCAACGGGCCCAUCACACAUGUUGGGGUGCUGGUGACAGAUAAAGAGCCUAGUGUGUUUGCUUUUCUCCCUGGAUAUUAUUUUUACCUGUGCUUUUCUUUAUUUAUUUUGUUUAAUAAGAUCACAAUCUUUUCUGUAUCAUACCUGAUAAAUGAGCACCUGAUUUCUCUUCCUCCUGUAGGCAUGUCUGAAUUUAGGAGUUACUUAGGAAGAACGUAUGAUGAGUGGGUGGAAGAAAAAACUCUCGCAUACUUGGCAACAGUCAUACAGAUGAGCUCUCAGUCCCGCAGCGGGGACACUCAAGUGACCAUAGAGAUCGGAGAUGAUACCACAUGGAAAGGUUACACGAAUGGAGUCCUGAGGGCCAAUGGAGAAUACAAGUAAGAGCUCAUGACAUGUUUUCAAAUACAUAAGAUGAAUCAACAUUAUUUUCCUUGUGGGUUAUUGCUGAAUCACUUUAUCAAUCAAUCAAUCAAUCAACUUUAUUUCUAAAGCACAUUUAAAAGAACCACAAGGGUAGCCAAAGUGCUGUACAAUGACACAUUAAAAACAAAUAAAACAAUCAAAGAGCAAGAUAAAGCGAGCAGAAAUUCAUUAAUGCAAAAGAAUAAAUAAGUAUAUAAAUAAGCAGGCUCACGGCCAUCAGUACAUGAACUCUGUGACCGUAGGACUUGUGUCAGGAAACAUUUUUAAAUGUCUCAUUUGCUAUCUCCUGCAGGUUUGCUGUUGUGUUGUUCACAAGCCUGAUUCUGGAAGACAACCGUGUAAAUGGUGUGAAGUCUCUAGUCGCAUCAACACAAUACUCUACUGUAAUCCGUCUUCCAAUAUCCCCAAGUAUGAAAUCUAAACUCACACUUUUUGAUAUGAUAUGCUCCAAUAAUGUGGUGAGAUGCUCACUGUUUACCUUUCAUUUAAACUCUGUCUCAAUAUUUAGCUGUGAUUGGCCUUGCUGUGGGAUCAUCACUUGGUAUUUUUUGCAUUCUUGUCAUCAUCCUGAUUGGCUUCAUCAUCUACUGGAGGAGGUCAGUCAUGGUUAUCAUCGAAAAAAGGUACUUUUGAAUCAUUGUGUGUUGGAAUCAACUCUAAGCCCACUAUUUUUUCAACUUUUAUAGGAUUUCCAAAAAGGAAUCACCAGACAUCCAGAUUCACACUUUGAGGUACGGACGUCAUAUUAACUAGUCCAUAAAUUAACAGUGAAUGGAAAACAAGGUUUACAAUGUUGCUUUUUCUUUUUUUUUAUAUUUAUUUCAGAUCCCAAACGUAAGUAUAAACCCUCUGAACCAUACCUGGGAAUGACAACUUCUAAUUCAUGGUAGACAUGUCAGGAACAAAGCAGAUGACUACUUAGUUAAUGAAAUCCUGGCUCAAAGCAGUUUUUUUUUUCUGAAUGAAGCUCAUGACUUUUAUUCUGACCUCUGGUAUCUCAGUGCGGCUGUGAACGUGGAAGACUUUGAGGCUUACUACAGGAAGCAGAAAGCAGACUCCAACUGUGGCUUUGCUGAAGAGUUUGAGGUAACUCAUGAGCUUCAUUCAACCUCAGCUUUAAAAAUGUUGGGACACUGUGCAGAAUUGAAAAAAAAAUUGUAUGGCUUGCACAUUAUUCAAAUAAUUGCUGUGUCUAUGAAGUCAAAAUUAAUUCCAGAUAUUUACCAUUAAUAUUUGUCAUGCUACAUGCCAUCAAGCGAGCCAUGUGAUUUUCUUUUCUAAUUGUCCUUUUAUUUUUGAAGGAUUUGAAAACUGUUGGUGUGGGACAGUCAAAGUCACAUGCCCUGAAUUUGGAGAACAAGCCCAAGAACCGCUACAACAAUGUGCUUCCAUGUGAGUCACCCUGACUAAUCCUCCUCUGCUGCUUUCAGACCAAACAAUCAUCCCUCUCUAAACCAUACCAUGACCAAUCAUACUGAAUCUACCACCAUUACACCAUUUUAAUUUGGACAGACCAUCCAAAUUAUCAUCUUGACACACUUUUCUCUCGCCUCCUAGAUGACUCCUCUAGGGUGAAACUCUCUAUCAUCCAUGGGAGUCCAUAUGAUGACUACAUCAAUGCUAACUACAUGCCGGUGCGUACUGACAACAUAACUGCUAAUCCCUUUGCUAAAUGCUACUUCAGCCAUCGCAUCUUCAACCAUGUCCAUUUCUGAUAGACUUGAGAAUCUUCUAAAUCGAGCAGGAUGGGGGUUUGUAUUCUACACUCAGCACACUUUCUUUUUCUUUUUGGCAGGGUUACAACUCCAGGAAGGAGUUUAUUGCAGCUCAGGGUCCUCUGCCACACACAGUCAGCCAUUUCUGGAGGAUGAUCUGGGAGAAGAACGUACAUACUCUGGUCAUGCUGACACGUUGCAAUGAGCAGGGUCGAGUGAGUGCGAAGAUCAGUCUUAAAGACUUUUAGCCACAUGUUUUUUUCAUGACGCCCCUUGUUAUAGCUGCGGUACUGUUGUAACCUCAUCAUCAAUAAUGUUAUAGGUAGAAAUAAAGUGAUUUUUUUUUUAGGCAGGAGGAGAAUUAGUGUCAGAAACACAUCUUAGACAUCAAGGAUGAAAUCAGCUGCAGUGUAAGACAGAGGCACCUCUUUGCCCUAACUUACUACAGACAGAGGUCUCUCACAGGAGAAACUCACAGUUUUUAACAUUGCUGGUUAAUGUGAAACAUUUACAACCUGACCACUGAGACACUGAAAUUAGACAAUAACCCAGAAAAUUGAAUGAAAGAACAAUAUAUUUCAAUAUCCAGCACUCUGAACCCUUUCACAUUUUCUUCUAGUCAAAAAAUAAAUCAACAAGUCUCACCCAGUAUAUAUCUGCUCAUGCUAAUAUUGGCAUGCUUAUGUUGGAGCAAUGUACCACUGUUCACACUGGUAUUCCAGGUGUGAAAGAGCCUGAUCAUGUCUGUUUUGUGAUGAUUAAUCAAUCAAUCAAUCAAAUUUUAUUUAUAUAGCACCAAUUCACAACAGUCGUCAUCUCAAGACGCUUUUCAAGGAACAAGAGCAGGUCUGGACCACGCUCAUUGUUUGAUGAUCAAGAACCAACCUAAGAUGGGUUUUGGCCCAUCUCAACUAACAUGAGUUACAGUGGCAAGGAAAAACUUGUUCUGAAUACUUGUUCUAUGCUAAAACUGUCUUCUCCAGGUAAAAUGUGAGCAGUACUGGGCGCCUGAAACCAAGCACUUUGAAAACAUUAUUGUGACAACAACCUCUGACAUACCACUUAAAGAUUGGACCAUCAGGGACUUUGAUGUUAAAAAUGUGAGUGUCUAGAUGUCUUAUGAAAUAAAAAAAUAUAUAAUGUUUGUUUUGAUAUAUUUACUUCAGAAUAUUUCCGCUGCUGUAAGCUCAACAAUGUUGUAACCAACUUCCUUUUUUAGUUAAGGAACUGUUGUCAGAAUUCUCAUUAAUUGUGAAAACCUGUUUGCUAAUAUGUUCACUGUAAUGUAAUCUUACAUUCGGUUCAUUUUCUUAAUCAUUCAGACACCGAAUCAUUAUCGAUCAUGUCUCAUUGAGCUUGUGUGACUGUCCAUCAGGUGAAAACUGCAGAGACCCGAUCGGUACGUCACUUCCACUUCACAGCCUGGCCGGAUCACGGGGUGCCGGAAACCACUGAGCUCCUGAUAAACUUCAGACAUCUGGUCAGAGAACACAUGGACCAGUACUCCAGAAACUCUCCCACUGUGGUUCACUGCAGGUCUGACAUAUACUCACACGCUCAAACACACACACACUUACGGCUAAACAAAUCUUCUAAUCCAUACAACCCUUUCAGUAUUUAAUUGACCUGACACUCUGCUACAUUGUCUGCAGUGCUGGUGUGGGACGGACUGGCACUUUCAUAGCCAUUGACCAUCUGAUCAUCCAGAUCGAGAGGGAAAAUGUAGUGGAUGUGUACAACGUUGUCCAUGACCUGCGCAUGCACAGGCCCUUCAUGGUGCAGACAGAGGUACAUCAAGCCGUUUUUCUCUUGUAUUCCCAGAGUGCGUUUCAGCUCACUAAACAUUUGUUUCUGACCUCUUUGCAGGAUCAGUAUGUGUUUUUAAACCAGUGUGCCAUGGACAUCAUCAAAUCAAGAACUGGAACCAAUGUGGAUCUGAUCUACCAAAACGCAGCUGCACUCUCAAUUUACGAGAAUGUGGAACCAAAGAACGGGUACUUCCCAUAA